GAGAGCACAGGACAGAGCUAGAAAAAGAUUGGAAUGAUGUCAGGACAGGCUGCAGCCAAUUGGAAAUGUCAAGGGGAGGUGCUGGAAAAGUUCCUUUCUUCUUUUUGGGUUUUCCCUGCCCUGGAACAAAAAAACAAAAAAAACUAUAAUAAGUUUCCUAUUAAAAAAAAAAAAAAAAAGACAGGGAAAAAAAUCUGGGAGUGAAGGAAUGCUAAGGACAGAGUAGUGUAGGGUGAAUAGCAGCACUAGGGAAGCCGGGGAUACUGCAGUGUAUAGGAGGAUUACCCUGUGUCUGGAUCUAUGUACAUACAGUUAUAUAUAUAUUUAUGUAUCUGUGCAUAGGCAGCAGCAGUCCAGCACGGUAACUUUGUGCUCUGCUCUAUGUCUCAAUCUAAUUCACUUUUCCUAAACUUCUUUUUCAGUGUGGAUCUUCAACUUAAUCAGCACAAUCUUUUUCUGUUUUAGUUCUUUUUUUCCUUUUACUGUUAGCUUUUUUUUUUUACUUUUAUUUGACUGCCUCUAAAAUAUUUUUUUCCACUUCUAUUCUAACUAGUGCAACCUCAUCAUAUUGCAUUUUUUGUUUGAAUCUUUGCUAUCCCUUUAUUAACUGUAUUCUCUUUCCCAGUCUGUUCUACUCCUCUGUCCUUCCUGUCUAUUCUCCAGUACAAAACCUCUCCCUCCACAAAUGGGUGCUGCAAUAUGUCAGGAUGGAGACUUGGAUUUCCGACUGAUUUUUGGUGAAGAAGAUUCUGAUUCGAUUACCCCCAGGAGUACCCUGCAUUCAACCGGUGAGUAACCACACAGACGAAUCAAAGGGACUUAUAUGACAACCUAAAAUUUUAAGCAUCUGGAUGAGUAAUAUGCUGAAUAUAAUCUCUAGGCAUUUUUAAGCCUACCAAAAAGUGUCUCUUGGUGUGUUGCAAUUUUAGAAUCAUGUGGCAAAAAUAUUAGAUUGUACAAUAAGGCUUGCUAAACCUUUUAAACUGAACAUCACAAAACCCAUUGUUUUGUUAUAAAAAAAUGUACAGAAAUAGCAUGUAGACUGUAAUGUACGCGUAACUCUUGCAGAGUUGUAGAAAUGUCAAACAUAUUGCAAAGAUUAACAACUGAGGCACUCCAAGUGUUAACAAAGUACAGUACAACAGGAGGACAUAUUUGGGAGCUCGAAGAACGGGUCAUGGUCUGAAGAUGGAGUCGUCCAAAUCGAUGAAACUUAUGUAGAAUUUUGAAGAUACAGAAAGGACAAAACUAUGACAAAAAUACUUUGUUUAUUGGAUGGUGUCUGUUAUAUUUAUUAUAGCAUAUAUUUUACUGAAAGAGGUCUAAAUGCAGGAAUCCAGCUGUAGCGAAAAUUAAUACUUUAAAUUAUCACAAAAAAAGAUCUUCCCCAAAAAUUAAUGGGUUGUUUUCCUUUAAUAUAUAAACUAUUUUCCUAGUGUAUAAUUAGCCUCCUUCACAAAUUGUUGGUAUAGUGGGAAUGUAGACAUUAAUUUCUUAUUUUCACUGAGUUUAAACUUUUUGGUAAAAAUCAGGUUCACAGUUUGUUCCAACCAACACACUGCCAUCUCUUUAACUGCUAAUGAGCAUUUAUUGUCAAUGGUGGCAGUUGACGGAGUUGACAAAGUAUUUACAAAGAAUAGUAAAUUCUAGAAAUACUAGAUUUUCAUGCUUGGUGCAUCCCCUCACUUAUAAAUAUCACCCACUACAAAUCUGCCAAUUUGGAGAAAAAAAAGUGGUCAGAUUCCAUGACAACUGUGACAGACAGAAGGUGUUAUGAAUGUAUAUUAAGUUAUAUUGCCUGUCGUUUACUGAUGUGAUGCAGAACCAGAAGACACUAUUGUGAAGUGAUCCUUUACUUACACAAUAACAGAUACAAUGUUCCUGUAUAUCUGUAUAUGUGGAAGUCAAACUGUUAGAGACUAAACUCCUGUAUAGUCACAGCUGUGUUUAUACAAAGAAAUAGAAUUUUGUCAGGACUGAUACCGACCAGGUACAGAGACCAGGGAACAAAAUAUCCACUAUAGAAAUACCUAUGUGUAAUAUGCUAAACAUGUGACUGACUGUGUGAGUGAUUUAGGUAGACAGACAUGCCUGAUGUUUCAGUGACUUGCUGGGUGCAUUGUAUUUCAUAGAUACUGAUAGACUGUGGUUCUGGACAUUCAAUUACAAAUGUAACCCCUAUGGAUUACACACUAAACUGGGAAUGGUCAAAUUUUAGAGCGCAAUAACCAAACUAGAGACUUGCUGAGAAUUUUUACAUUUCAGCAAUUUGUCCUAACAGUUGAAGUGAUCUGGUCAUUUAUUGGGUAGUCCUGAUUUGUACACCUAUACUACGGGUACUGGGUAUUAGUAUUAAAAAUAAAUGCACCACCCAAACUAAUCAGAGCCCUUACCACUUGACUCUUGGAAAUACAUGAUGCCUAUUUGCUAGUGCAAUAUGAAACAUAUAUUGUGAAAACUUAUACUGGCAGUCCAAUAUAUUUUCACUACUCCUUUUGUCAGUUAGGUAGGGAUGCCCGCAUUGCUUUCAGCGCUUUAAAGUCAUUUGAAUUAUAAUUUGUGGUGGCACUGGCUAUUAAGUAGUGUUCUGCUUGAUCUUUGCUUUAUAUGAGUGAGUAUCUGGGACCAUGAUUUUAAUUAGUCGGUGUAGAAAUGGUAUCCUAGUUGGAUGAUGGAUCACGAUGAUAAAAACUUUGCCUUAAUCGUUGCACAUGUGUUGAAAGGAAUAAGGACACCACUACCUGGUUGAAAGGAAAAGCACUCCCCUACAUUAGUAAUAUAGAACACUAAAACAAGCCAUGGCAGGAGCUCUGGUCCAUGUUAGUUCAUCUACAAUAUUUACUAUGGGUGCAAAAUGUUGUGCUAUUCAAAUUAUUCUUUUUUUUCUGUAUGCAUAUAUACACCUGUAAAAACACCACUGUCUUCAUGGGACAGUAAGUUUAAAGGAUAUUAAAAUGUCCACUAAAAAGCAAGGAUAACAGCUCAUUAUAGUUAUAAGACAUCCUUCCUACAUUUUUACUUGCUUUCUGACUGCUCCCCCCAUGUUUUACUCAAUCAUGAUAUGAUUGAAACAACAUCAAUUAAGUUACAGAUAUCGAAUUGCCAUUUUGGAUUCAAGGAACAAUGUGUCCGAGUUUGUGGCACAAACUAUUUUUUUUUUUUGCCGUCUUUUGGAUCAACCUGUUAGAUGUGUGGAUAGUUGUACUUGAUGGACGUAAGUCUUUUUUUCAACCUAGAUUACUAUGUUACAGAAGGUACCCAUGUUUAUAGGCACCACAAAGCAUUUCCGAGAGCCAUGUGACAAGAGCUUUGAGUACUGUGUAUUAGCUUUUAUUGAAAUACUGUACAAGAUUUAAAGUAUUAUCAUACCUUGCCAUAGUAAGUUUCAUUAUAAUUUUCUUUCAUAUACUCCACUAUUAUUUUUAGAUCAUCUUGCAUCAAAUUAAGUUUAUUAAGCUUGUAUCUUAUCUCACAAAAGCAACCCACUUAUUUUGCUUGGUUAGGAGAAAAGAACAGUGUUUCAACAACUUUGUGUGAUCACUAUUGUAUAAUCAUCUUGGCAGUGAACACUAAAUAAAAAAAAAAGAUAUAUAAUGUAUACAUUAUAAUUCAAAGUAUUUAGUGAUGGCUUUGUUGUAUGAUGAGUCACCAAAAACCUUGCAGAUUGGCUUUAAUAAUAACAGCUAUUUGUGUAUGUUAUCAAGGAAAAACACAGAUUUGAGAUAUAACAUACAGGGCUAGGUUCCAAUAACAAUUUGCGCACCGUUGCAGUGUCAUUUACACCUCGUGUCGUUAUUAUUGGCAUUGGUCAUAGCAAGAUUUUAAGCAAUCAGAGAGUAGUGUUGUGACACAGGUGUUUCCAUCCUCGCCACAGACACAGUAUGACAUCUGACCUGAGCUGGCUUCUGUUUCCUUCUGAUGUGGGUUGUCUAAAAUGACAAAACUAAUCAGUAUCCAUAAACAUAAAAUAAAUACAGAACACCACACCAACGAACCAUUCAGCGCUAUUCAAAAAUUAUUGUUGAUACCGGGCCCCACCACACUACUGCACAAAAAAAUAUACUUAACCCUUUCUGGGGCACUGAAGCUUAACCUGUAUAAUUCUUUGGAUUAUAGUGUAAUUUAGGCCAGGGGUAAAGCAACCUUCAGCUCUAGAUGACAUGGUCUACAUCUCCAAUAAUGCUAUUACAGCCAUAAUGCUGGUAAAGAAUCAUGGAACAUUUAAUCCACAACGGAAUGCCGAAGGUUGCCUAUACCUGGCUUAGGCGAUCAAAUCCUGCAACUCAAACAUUAAAGGAACAGGCAUUUUAUCACAGAAAAGUCAACUGAAAUUAGACUUGUAUUACUAUAUAUUAUUUAUAUUGCCAUAUAUAGUAGUGUUGAUCUUGGUAAUGAUCCUGGCUGUACUACAUUUGUUGGUGGUGGCUCCUAAGCCUUCCUGAUAAGCUUCAAUGCCAUAAGCAACAAUAGAGUACUGCAUGGCUUUAAUGCAUGACAAAACACAGACAAAAUGGGCAUGCAUCCUCACCCGUUUUUUUCUGGUUGACUGGGAUUAUUUCCUGAACCUAUAGUUAAAAGGUAGACAACAUUAUUGAUGUACAGUCAUAUCAGAUGUAACCCAACUUAUAUUACUAUUUUGUAAGAAAGUCUAUGGAUAUAUCCCUCCAUAGGCUAAUAGAUAAAUACUUGGGAUUUCUGCUUAAAAAUGCUGAUUAAAUAAUGAAAAAGAUUGCUCAGUUUAGCAAAUCAUAUACUUGCUAAGUAAAACCUACAUUCUCCUGCACCCCCGGGCCACCACAAUGCAAGCAGAGAAGUCAUCAUCGGGUCUCUUUAAAAACAUGCAAAGCUGCCGUUUUAGUAUAUACAGGGUUGUUUUUUUUUGUCAAUCUUUGUUUUAUUAAGGCAGGUUAUAGUUGUACAACAAUUGGAAAAGGAGUCACAAUAGAUGUACAGGUUAGCAUGACAUUUUCAGGAACAGUCUCAAAUACAUGUCAGUGAUAGGCCUCGGUUGCACUUAUGUUUCUUAUGGGGUCUGCCUCGUUUUAUAACUUUGUAAAGAAAAUAAAGGUAACAGGUGUGGCCUGAACAGACAAUCAACACAAGUGUGCUAUGUUUGCAUGACUUGCUGUUGAUGUGAGACUAAACUAUCAUGUGCGCAUCAGUGGCUUGACUAUAGAAACAUACUUCAGUAUAAGGUGCACGUGUAGUGUGACGUCAAGUUAAUGAAAACAUUUAUGACGGAAUAGUACACAGGCUAUGUCCACUACGUCUAUCCCCACACCCCAACACUUGCAACAGAAAAGUAACUGGGGGUGAAGAUAUAACUUAAACAUAAUGAAAAACAUAUAACACUUGAAUAGGUUGGGCUAUUCCCGGCUGCGGUAGGCAUAUGAGCAUUCAGUAAGAUAUAGUGGAAACCAAAAUAGUAAUCUCUUGUGCGAGUAUGCUCAACUAUUCAAAAUACCCAGUGUACACAUACACUAGCUAUUAGGCUAAUUGCCCGUGCUACACCCCAGUAGGAAGGUUAAUCUGUGAGGUAUGAAGAGGCACGGGAAUGUCGGGAAGUAGAAAUCACUGCUGAAAGUUAGGGUGCUCUAAGGUUACCAGGGCAGGCUUUAUCAUAGUAAUACUUUUGAUUUACAGGCAAGCAGCCAAUGCCCUAGGGAGGUAAUUCCCAGCUGCGUAAAACUGUACUGCUACUCGGAUUAAGAAAAUCCUUAUAACAAGAAAAAGAAAAUAAACCUUAUCAAGAAUACUAAACUAAGAGAGUGUCGAUAGGUCUGACUUAGCUUUGAGAAGAUGCUAUCGGCCUACAAGCUUCAUGUGAUAGGUUCAGGUUGCUAUAUAUGGGGCCUAUGGCUAAGAACGGUGGAUUUAACCCUGCUCACACCAGAAUUUUCCAUCAGGGAUUUAAAUCCCAGAUGACAGAGGUUAGACCCAGGUAUGAUUGAUACCUGGGACUCCCUGGUGUGAGCAGGUAUUUAACUCUGCUCACACUAUGUUGCUGCCACCGGUAUUUAAAUCUCUAUUCAAAGGGUCUUCCCUUUGAGCGCUGCAUACAGCUCAUCUUUCAGUCUGGACCCACUAAAUAUGGCCCCAGGUGACAGAGGGGGCCCCAAGUAUCACUUAUAGCCUGGGACUCCCUGGUAGAGAUGUCGCGAGCCGGCGAACUCCGGUCAGCUGACACAUCCCGGCCAAUCUCCAGCAGACCCUCCUACUUCCUGGACAGCAUCCAUGUUUCAACAUGGAUACUGUCCAGGAAGUAGGAGGGUCUGGGAGGGAGGGUCUGCUGGAGAUUGGCCGGGAUGUGUCUUCUGACCGGAGUUCGCCGCAACUGCGGCGAACCGUUCGCGAGAAGUUCGCGAACGGUUCGCGACAUCUCUACUCCCUGGUUUGAGCAGGUAUUUAACUCUGCUCACACUAUGUUGGUGCCACCGGUAUUUAAAUCUUUACUUAAAGGGCCUUCCCUUUGAGUGCUGCAUUCAGCUCAUCUGUCAGCCUGGACCCACUAAACAUGGCCUCAGCUGACAGAAGGGAGCCUCAAGUAUCAGUUAGGGCCUGGAACUACCUGGUGUCAGGAGGGAUUUAAACGUGCUUGUACUAAAACGUUCGGACAUGUCAUUACAUCCUAAUGUCAUUAAAACCAAUGCUUUGUAUGGCGUAAUGACACAUACAAAUGUCUUUAAGGGGUUCAAAUUAUUCCAAAAGUAAAAAAGUCCAUCUUUCUGAAGACCACCUAAAGCACAAAAAUAAUGCUGAAGCUUUUCUCAUUUUACUCUAAACUCACUAUGUGACUCUUAUAGUUGCCAACUGUCCUGUUUUUGCCAUGACAACCCCAUGUUUUAGGGUCCUGUUCUGGCAAAAAUGAGUCCCAGGACAUGUCCUGCAUAGUUGACAAACUGGCACCUUGUGUCUGCCAUGCUGGAAGAAAAUGAUUACACUUUACUUCCCCCAAGCGCACAAAUUAAGUAAAUUAGGGCGCUCUGUAAUAAGAAGGGAAGGAUGUCUCUGACUGGGAACAAAAUGGGGCUGCUUUCAGUGCUCCCAGCCCAUACCUGAGUAUGUGAGAGAUGACAGAGGUCUUCCUUUCAUAGUUUGUGAUAUGUAUUGGGCAUUGUGUGUGUAUUAGGCAUUGUGUGUGUGGAUGUAUGUAUUAGGCACUGUCUCUGUAUGGAUGUAGGGAAUAGGCAUUGUGUAUGUAUAUAUAAAAGUCCCUGGAGGACUGAAACGUUGACACCAUUUACUGGAAAUUUGAUGCUUUGAAUAAACAGCACGAUUUGAAAUAAUUGAGUCCUGUGAGUGCAAUUCAAACAAGGAUUUAUAUAUAUAUAUGGAUGUAUUGAAUAGUUUGUCUAUGUGUACAUGUUUUUAUUAUGCAUUGUGUGUUUGUGCAUAUGGAUAUAUAGAUUAGACAGUGUAUACAUUUUCAUCUGGCUCCUUUCACUACAAGUGUCUACCUCAUGUCUCCUUUCCCUCUUUCUUACUAUGUGCAUGUUUCGUUUACAAAUAUCAGAUUUGAUAGGUCUCUUUUAAAAUUUAAGUUGGAAUAGCAAAGUUAGAAAAACUUUCAGGUAUACUGAAGACUUUUUCCAACCUUUCUAUUUUGGCCUUAUUUUUCAACACAUUGUUUAAUGAAUGACUGAUUUGAGAAAAAAGCACACAGGAAAAGAACAAGAGACAUGGCUACACCAUUACAACCCCAUCUGUAGCGAUUUCCAAUAAUGCCACAAAAAAGGGAAAAAAAAUAUUAUUGACAGCAACCUAUUCACAAACAUAUUAACUAUAUACUUGAAUAUUCUGUUUUUGUAAAACACCACGCAGGCCUUAAAAAAAAAUAUAUCAAUAGAAUCUGAUAAGAUAACAUCUUCAAGUAGUGAAUGCCACAUUUUAUUGUUCUUUUUUUAAAGAACCUUUUCCCCUGUUGUAAGCGAAAAAACCCUUUCUUACAGGCUCAAUGGGUGACUUCUUGUCUGUUGUAUAUUCCGGCUAAUGAAUAGUCAGUUCGUAGCGGUUUGUACUGACCCUCUGGAAUGCCUUAUUUUGUAAAGAAAACAAAUGCAGUUUUUCCAGCCUUUCUUCAAAACCAAUAUUUCCAUCCCGUAUUAAUUUUGUAUCUCGUCUCUGUACUUUUUCUAGUUCUGCAAUAUAUUUCUUUAAAACGGGUACUCAAAAUUGCUCCACAUAUUUAAGAUGGAGUCUUACCAUUGAAUUAUAUGGAGGCAAAAUUAUAUUUUGAUCAUGUGAAUCAUGCCUCCAUAAAUAUAGCAAAAUCUAUAUUCAAGCCUGAAGCUGUAACUCUGCAUGCUGUUUGCCUCAGAAAAACAAGCAGUCUGCUGACAUCAUCAGAAGUGGUGGCCUGAUCCAAUCACAAUGCUUCCCCAUAGGAUUGGCUGAGACUGACAAGGAGGCAGAUCAGGGGCAGAACCAGCAUGAUUCAAACACAGCCCUGGCCAAUCAGAAUUUCCUCAUAGAGAUGAAUUUAAUCAAUUAAUCUCUAUGAGGAAAGUUCAAUGUCUGCAUGUAGAGGGUGGAGACACUGAAUGUUUGGAUGCAUUUUAGGCAGCCAUGACCCAGGAAGGACCUCUAACAGCCAUCUAAGGAGUGGCCAGUGAAGUUAUCACUAGGCUGUAAUGUAAAUACUGCAUUUUCUCUGAAAUAACCAGUGUUUACAGCAAAAAGCCUGAAGAUAAUGAUUCUACACACCAGAACAAAUGCAAUAAGCUCUAGUUGUUUUGGUGACUAUAGAGUCCCUUUAAGAGAGAUGAAUGGAGCAUAAAGGGAAAAAACUGUUAAAAAAAAAAAAGAUGUUAAUGCUUGAAGGCUGUGAAGCAUAAAGAUGUUAAAGCAUGAAGUAUUCACUAAACAUAAAAUUGUAGCAAAAUGAAAACCAAAUAGCAAAAUAUAGACCACAACAAACUACUAGUACAUGGUAAGGGAUGACCUGAGGGGCUACACAGCAAGGGAAGCUAAACAUUGUAACCAUUAAGAGAUUUAAAAAAAAAAAUAGCAAAUGUAAAAUAAUACUUUGAUUUCUAAAACAAUCACUGCAAAAAAAGGAUAGAUUCUGGAAAAAAGAAUCAAACAAAACAACGUAUGGCCAUAUUCCGAUACCUUUAUUGUGUGAAGGAUGACGUUUCACACCUCUUUGUCUCCCCAUCUCUAUUUUAAGUUAAAACACGGCUCACAGCAAAUAGGACACAUUUAAAAAUUCAAUACUAUUUAGCCAUGCAGUGCAAUUUAUUUUACAUCUGAUAGUCCGUACAUUAUUGGAGCAGCAUUGGCUAAAUACUUUAUAUUUUUUUCUGCUUAUAAUUAUAAUUAAUGGAAUUAAGAGUAUGAUAUCUGCCAAUAAGAAUCCAACAAAUCACUGUACUGAGCUUAUUCCAGACAAGCAGGUUUACAUCCUACCACAUAUUGGUUACAAACUAUAGACUACCACUCAAACAACCUUCCAUAAGUCUCUCACAUACACACAGAACACCACAUCCACUCAAAUCCUAGCUCUUUACAGCAUGAAAAUAGUAGAAACACAGAUGGCAUGAAUCUCCACAUGGCAGCUAGAGCUGUAAAUAGAAUCUGCUACUAAAAAACAUACAGGUCUGACAUUUCUAAGGACACUGAGUAUCAAACUAAAGUAUUGAAAUGUGCAGAUCCUUCACCUAAAAUGCCAACAUAGCCAGGUGACCACAAAGCUCUUUAAUAUACACUGAUCAGCCAUAACAUUAAAACUAGUGACAGGUGAGGUGAUAACAUUGAUUAUAUUGUUACAAUGGCACAUGUUAAGGUGUGGGAUAUAUUAGGCAGUAAGUGAGCAGUCAGUCCUUGAAUUUCAUGUGUUGGAAGCAGGAAAAAUAGGCAAGCAAAAAGAUCUGCGACUUUUACAAGGACUAAAUAGUGAUGGCUAGAUGACUGGGUCAGAUCAACUCCAAAACAGCAAGUCUUGUGUGCUGUCUCCAGUAUGCAGUGGUUAGUACCUAUCAAGUUUGAGGAAGAACAUUGAUGCACGUGGGGAGUGAAGGCUAGCCAGUCUGGUCCGAUCACACAGAAGAGCUACCAUAGCUCAAAUUCUGAAAAACAUAAUGCUGGCCAUGAUGUUUAGGUGUCAGAACACCCAGUGCAUCCCAGUUUUCUGCGCAUUGGGCUGUGUAGCGACAGGCCGGUCAGAGUGCCCACGAUGAUCCCUGUCACUGCCUAAGCGCCUUAAAUAAGGACAUGAGCGUAGAACAUGGAGCAAUUAAACAAGUUUGCCUGGUCUGAUAAAUCAUGUUUUCUUUUAGAUCAGGUGGAUUUCUGGGCAAGUGUGUGUCGUUUACCUGUGAAAGAAAUGGCAGCAGGAUGCACUAUGGGAAGAAGGCAGGCAGGCGGAGGUAGUGUUUUGUUCUGGGCAAUGUUCUGCUGGGAAUUUGGUCUUGGCAUUCAUAUGGAUGUUUCUUUGACACACAUCACCUACCUAGAGAUUGUUAUCCUCUUCAUAGCUUUGGUGUUCCCUUCAGGCAGUGGCCCCUUUCAGCAGGAUAAAGCACCCUGCCACACUGCAAAAUAAUGUUCAGGAAUGAUUUUUAGGAAAAUGACAGAGUUCAAGGUGUUGCCUUGGCUUCCACAUUUACUUGAUCUCAAUCCGAUUGAGCAUCUGUGGGAUAUGCCGGAGGCCCUGCCUUGCAACUUGCAGCACUUAAAGGAUCUACUGCUAAUGUCUUGGUGGCAGAUAUCACAGGUCUUGUGGAGCCCAUGUCUCGAUGCAUGAGAGCUGUUUUGACAGCACGAGGGUGAUCUACACAAUAUUAGGUGGUUUUAUUGUUGUGAAUGAUCGCUGUAUCAGCUUGGUUUUCAAUAAGAUGCAUCUUGCAGGAAGAAAAACAUCUGACUGUACAUUUUCUGUGCAUACGGAGUGCUGUAGUCAAAGCAACUACUGAAGUUAAUUAUUUUUUUGCAUAUAUACCAACGCAGGUAUUUUGUACAUACACUUUUAAAUUGUCUAAUUUUCCUACCUACUUUGAAAUACUAAACUUAUAUAACCAUUGGCCUUUCUCCAUGCUUGGAAAGCUGUCUAUUGGCUUUGUAUCAUGCUUAGGCCAGCAAUCUGUCUCUCACAUGCUUUCAUGAUUUGCCAUGAUUCACUUCCACACUUGGUGGGAGGUUAUUCCAUUUAUUUACCAUCCUUUCCAUUAUGGGUGCCACCAAGUUGGCAUUUUAAAAGCAGCCUCAUGAAAUGAAACACAUGUCCAAAGGGAGGAAAAACAUGGAAACAAUAAUAUGACCUGUCCAGUGUUUUGUUUCCAGAAAAUGUCUCAAAUCCCACCUAUUAUGCUUAAUGCUUCCCUUGAAUCAGUGUUCAGCUCUACAAUAGGAAAUGCCACAAUUAUAUAAUCUUAUACACAUAACUACCCAAUUUAUUAAGUGAUUUAGGCCUUAUUGCCCAGGCACACCCUUCGCACAUAAUCUCCUAUCUUGUUGCUGUAAAACAGUUCAUUCUCUUACUCUCACUUUUUUGUAUGUGUUUGAUUCUUUCUCAAAGCCAAUAGUUUUGGAGCUUUGGUAUUUAUUCACUAAACUGUGCAUUAUAGUGAUCAGAAAAGCAGGUAGCGCAACAUGAGCAAAAAUAGCCCAGUUGUCAUUUUAGCUAUUUUAGAGAAUUUCUGCGUAUCUGCUAUUUUUGCCCAAACUUUGCAGCUUGGUUUUCAAUUCACUACAAUUUAUCGGUCAAGAGAAGAAACACUUUUACAAGAGCUGUAAAAGAUUUUUUUCACUAAAGUGUACAUUUUUGUGAAUUCAUAGUGAUUUUCAAAUUGUAGUCCAAAUUAUCUCGAUUGAAAACAGGGAGAAUAUUUCCAGUUCAGCCAUUUUGGUGUAAGAAUUUAAAUUCACUUUCCAUGCUCAACAAUUCUCACUGUAGUAAAUAACCAACCCUGUUUGUCUCUUUUUUUUCCUUUGCGUUGUUUUUCUCUGACUUGUAAUUAAACCCUUGAUUUCUUGUUCCCCUUUCUCUCUCUCUCUCUCUUCUCUUUGUUGUUUUUAAUCCAUUUCUCCUUCUCUCACCUUCUCUCAGUUUCUGGCGUUCCCCCUCUCCCUCCCUCCCUCUGCCUUGUUUAGAAUAUCAUUCUUAUUUAGCUAUUCCAACAUGUGGUAUAAGUUAGUCCCUCGGAGGUUUGGCAGGCGAGCGUUGCCAUGGUGACGGUGAUUUCGGCUGGCGUAGUUUGGGCUGGUGGGGAGGUGAAGGGGGAGUAAUUGGGUGCACAUGUCCCUGAACUUCUGGAUAGCUUUAUGGGGCUGAGGGGGAGGGAUCCCGUGAGCUGCAGAGUGUCUGUGAGGAAAGAUCUCUGCUUGAAAUAAAGGUCGUUUGAGCUUUGAAUGUCAGCAGCACCCAGGGCUCCCCCUUACACAAAUAUCUCCAACUUUUUACGCUCACCAGCACUGCUCCCCACGGCACUGAUUUUUAUUUUUAGAUAGAUAUAGAUUGGAUUAGCCAUAUUAGUCCAGUAGACAAGAUGCCAAAAUUACAGUUUACCUUUUGUUUAUUGGACUAAUAUAAUACUUAAAAGACAAGCUUGCAAGAGUUUUCCUCUCGUCUGAAACAAUACCUGAGGAAGAGAGGAAAACACUCAAAAUGUUGUCUUUUAAGUAUUAUGGUAGUCCAAUAAAAAGGAAGCAUUGCAUACUGCAAAACUCUGAUAUUUUUUUGCAUUAUAUAUAAAAAAAAAUAUUUUUUUUUGCUGCACCACACCACACUAUGUGCUCUUAUUACAUAAUCUAUAACUGUUUACUUUUGUAUUCGAUAGUCUAGUGCCAAACCUUCACUCACUUCAUUACAAAACUGCACUGGAUUUUACUUUUCCUGCAUCUAGUGCUGCCACAUAACGUUAACCUACAUUAAUUAAAUAUUGAUAUUUUAUAUACUGUAUAUAAAUGAAUCUCCCAAGCUUCUUGCUGCACUCAUAUUUAUAUACAUAUAUUACAGACUUGUGUAUAAAAGAACUCUGGGGCUAAAUUUAAAACUGUAUCGCUAAAUAUGGACGUUUCAUUGGUGCCCAUGGUGAUUACUCCAUAUUUAGUUUGCCCCAGAUUUGGAAUUAUCAGUUUCCUUUAACUUUUAUUACUCCUACAUGUCAAUGACUGGUACAUGAAUAGUGCUGCUCUUCAAGAAUGUAGAAUGCAAUGAUGUAGGGAGGCAUUACAAUAAAAAACAAUCACUAAUCACAAAUAAUCUCAAAUAAAUUGAUUUGGUAACUCACAGUACACCAUGCACUUACAUAAAUACGGUACACAUUUAAAGAGCUAUCAUUUAAAGUAAUAUUGCAAAUAUCAAUAAUGUUGAAAAGGAUUGAAAAUGUUGCCAAUAAUUUUGAAAAGGAUGACAACUAAUCUAAGGUUAGGGUUAAGGGGUUUGAAGGGUUUAAGGCUGUAGUAGCCUUUUAGAAUUAGGGUUAUUAAUCUGGAGUAACAUUGGCGGUAUUUGGCAUUUGAGGGGAGUAGGUGAGUGGGAUUUUUUUUAAAAAUCAGACUGAGUGAAAGAGUGAUAUGAGUUACAAUGUAGAAUACACUACAGUGUCAUUUUUGCACAGGUUUAAAUGCAAUAAAGUCAUACAAGUGCGUGCUGUGUCAUCAUCAUCAUACAUUCUUAAUUCAACUUUUCCAUGUUGAGAUUUUUUAAGCAAAUCUUAAAUUAGUAAUGGUAUUGUGGAAGAUGUUGAUGCUUUAUAAAUGAUAACAAUAAUAAUAUUACUGUCAAAAUGCACAAGUUUAAUAGGUCAAGCAACGUUAUAGUAAUUGUUCAAGGGAACUGCAUAAAUUAGAGAGCAGUGUCAUCCUAGAGAAGGUAAAGUUGGUUGUCAAUUACCCUGAUAUAUAGUCCAUUAGUCUAACACUGAACCCAGUUGUUCUAGUCUUUAACUCUCAUCACUCUGUUAGGCUUCUCUAGGCAAAGAAUGACAGGAGUUGUAGUCUCCAUCAUAUUGCAUACAGUUGUAAGCCUUAAGUAACAAGGAUAGUCCACCUAAACUUAAAUCUGCUAUUACUGCACCUUUAAAAAUUCAGGGAUUUGUAUAAGUUUGUGAUUUUGUUCCCCCCUGGAACCAGUGUGUUACUCAAUAAAGUAAAAAUUCAGAUUUGUAUCAGACUAAACUUGUCUGUUACCUGCUGAGUGUCAUGACCCUCUAGUACUUAGCUUACAAUUUUUUAAAAGGGCAUUGUAAGCGCAAUAACAACUAUUGCACAUGUUACAUACAAAAUGGUUUGGCAAGACCCUUGGGCCUCAGAGCCCAUGGUUCUUUCCAGUAUCAGCAAAUUUCAUAUUGCUAUAGAAGAAAUGGAACUUCCGUUAUAGCUAUAUCAAAGCUGAUCAGAGGAAUUAAUCUCCCAAGGGACCGUGGUAGGUGUCAAACUGUCCGAAAACAGUUUGACUACUUAUUGUAAAAGAAUGUCAGGGGAGUUCUCCUGGUACCAUAAGUACUAGAGCCCGCUGUAGUGGUUAUGGUGCAUUGACUGUCUUUUUAACUACAUGUGCAUUUACAGCUUUGUCACAGAUGUAGCAAACUCAGAUGUCUUCAAUGCAAUAAAAUACAAUUCCCUCUCUACUUUCUGCUUUGUUUCACGGAAGUGCUUAUAAUAUCCUCUUUCCUGUGGCAAUUUUAUAUUAUCUGUCUAUGAGGAUGAAAAAUUGAGAAUUUGUGUGUUAGCUCUCUAAUGGAAGUACAAGUACAGGACAUAUUUUAAAAGCAGGGUGUGCAUGGUAAGAUCAGUGAGACAGAUUGGCAGUGCAGUAUGAGAUUUAGUGACACAACAGCUUUGAGGUUGCUUUAACUAAUCAAGCUAUUUUUGGUAUCUUGUGGGAUCAUGUGAAAAUACAUUGUCAAUCAUGGCUUUUAUUUCUCAACAGAAAUCAUUGUCCCAAGAUUUACUAAAGUAUGGAGAAUAGUUUAGCAAUUCAUAGAAAUACCACAGCUGAAAAUUCACAUAUGACCAUAUACUUCUAUGUGCAGACUCUACGAUCGCUUUCUUAUGUUGAUCAUACAGCCAUGUGCUAAAUUAAAUGAACCUUCACACAAUGUAUUACAUUCAGUUCAUUGGUAACAUUGUGGUGAAUGUUUCCAACAUCUUCAGUAUGUAGUAAGUCUCCUAAUUGCACAAUCACAGGGCCAAGCUACCCAUCCAUUUAUCUAGGUUCUUUGUGGUUUCAUUCAGUUUGAUAAAGGGUUAGGCGCUGCAAGAGUGACUAGCAUUCCUACUAUCCUAACUUAAAAUUAAGGGGUUUCAAAUCCAUAAGUGUUUUAUGACCUGCAAUAAUGACCUAUUUUUUUUCAAAUAGGAUUCAAACAUUAUGCAUUCUAGGAUAAUGCUGAUUAAACACUGCAUGACUAACAUCUAAUAUUUUAACAUGAUAUGUGGUUAAUUAUUCUGACCAUUUAGUCCAUGUUUUUAACAAAAUUACGAUUACACACAGUUCUUUCUUCCUUUACAUGACUGUUUUCAACAACCACAGAGAUCAUACUUUAAGUUGUUUUCUUCUCGUUGUCAUACCAUUUGCAGAUGUGGACUCAGAAGAAACCUCCCUGAGCCAUGAUGUUAUCUCUGACACUACAAUGUCUCUAAAUGCCCCCAAUAACUGUGUCAUCGGAGGUACAGGUGGUGGAAUGGGGUGUUUAACAAGGGCUGGCAUGCACUCUCCACCACCUAGACGAGCUUCAGAACAUGACAUAAACGGGACUUUUCUCAGUCAACCUUCCCGGUUUAUUCCUCUUGGUGGAUCACGCUUCUUAGAAUGUCCCAGUAUACGAAUCACAAGUGACUCCCCUGGAAAUAGUGAUGGUGAACCAGAAGAACAAGGAAGAAAUGACCUGUGGGAUGACAGGCCACAUCGUGAUCAGCUUUUUCUCCCACCAGACCCUUUUGGCUAUCGAGACUCUUUCUUAAGCCCUAGUCCAGCAAGCAGCCAUUCCUCCUGGAGUUUUCUGUCCUCCGAAGCAAGCUCAUGUGAUUCACUGGGGCAGAUGUGUGAAGAGGUGGAAAGAGAGCUUAAUGAGGCUACUUCUCGAUUUACUUUAGCUUCUCCUCUUGGCUCCCCGAGAGGGUCCCCAAAACCUUGGGGAUGCCACAGUGAUGAUUUUUGGCCUGCAAACUCUAUUUCAGGUCUUUCAUCCUCACCCCGUGAAGAGUUACUUUCACCAUACCCACAGGGGCAAGUAUCUCGACCUACCUCUCCCUGUGGAAAGAGGCGCUACUCAAAUUCAAAUGAGGAUAGUAACCAUCAAAUUAGUUCUCCUUCCCCAGCAACAUCUCGCAGAGGAAGCUUAGGAGAAGACAGCCUAACAUCAGAAAGAGAAGCUUCUCCCAAACCGUGUGAACAAAACCAACAACCAACACAAACCACAUCUGAGAGAGGAGACAAUAUUCCACAAAAGGCCCGCAGAACUUCUGCAGAACAAACUGUGGCACCUGUUAGGAAUGAGGAGCCCUCAAGUCCUGGGAAAGCAUUUCCUUCAUCACCUUCUAGUGAAGAUACCUCUGGAAUAUUUACUCAAACGAGAAAGGAAAAUGUUGGAAUGGAUUACCUCUCUGUGCCUUCAGCUCUAGCCUGGUCCAAAGCAAGGGUUGGCGGGCAAAGCCCAAUAUUCAGGUAAGAGGAAUGCAUUAAUACGGGUUAUCAAUAAAGAGCAAAUUUAGGUAAGAUUCUAAAAGUGGAGCAGUUACCAAUAAAGUCACUACACUUCUAGAACACUGCCCAACAAAUGCAUUAACAUUUUUCUUACAAUACCUAUAUACAUCUCACCUUUCAGGUGGUUGAGUUUGUGCUGUUUGAGGAACCUCAUAUUUUUUAAUUAAAAGCGCCUCUAAAAAUUCAGCAUUCCAUUUUUCUCAAAUAAUUGCUCAAUGACCAACAGACAGAUAGAUUGCAACGGAGUUAUCUAUAAUUCUUAAGCAUCUCCUAGUCCUUGACAACAAUAUUAAAUUCUAGUACUUGUUUAGUAGUAGUAGUAGUUACAGUAAAAGUAUUUUUUUUCUUGUAUUCUGACACAAAGGAGAUUUAGAGGUGCCCUUUCACCUUUGUUUUCCCAGACAGCUGAUUAUUUUGAGAGAAGAGUAUUGUCACACAGAAAAAUCAAUUAGUCUAUGGGGUUCAUGUAGGAUCUCCUUUGUUUUCUCUGGCAGCAUGCCAAUUUAACAUAUUGAGGGACAGCACUUUUCAUGAACCCUCCUGAGAGUAUGUAAAAGUUGUAGCUGUCCAGGAAAAAAAAGAAAACAUAGUCAAACUGGUAACUAGGUGACGUUCAGCAGUACAUACCCGGAAUUGUGCUAGGAUAAAUGGCCUAAAAUUCAUUUUUGUAUAUGUUUAGUGUUUGAUGCAUUGCAUUUGUUGAAUUCACAAUUCAAAGCAAUGUACAUUUUCCAAAAGAUUAUGUAUAUUUUCAUGAAAUUAUUGAAGGGGUAGUUUUAGAGGUAAAGAGGGGUAUAAUCAAUCAUCUGAGGUGGAAUAAAGCCACAGUGAUAGAUUGCUGAGGAGGAAAAUUGUCAUUUUGAAGGAGUUUUGCACACAUUACAUACAUUACUACAUUUAUGUACGGUUUUUACAAAUAAAUGAUCUAAGUUAAAAGAUGUUCAUUAACAAAUUAUGUGUAUAAUGUUCUAUAGCGAAAGUAAUAAUUUUUGUAUAAAGCAUUCUUUAUCAAAAUAAAGAAAGAAAAUAAAUCCUGUUGAUGCCAUUGUGCUUAGAUUGGGAAUGUUUAUGAGUGACAAAAUCCUUAGUCCCUUACACUAACAAUGAUUCCAGAUUUGCCUGACAAAAUAUAUGCUAAGGCCAAUUUAAUAUCUAUGUAGAGAUAAUGGUAAAAUUCUUAGUGCAGUGUUGAGCUGUUACUAGUCCAGUUCUGCUCUAUUUGAAUAGCCAUUGACUAGAUCACCAAAAAAAAAACCUGAGUGAAAAGAUCCUAAAUUUCCACACAUGCAAAGUACAACACUACAAAAACAAAAUAGUAAUAAACCAAAGCGGGCAAUUGUAAAAAAAUUUACUUUUGUUAUUCUCUCUUAGAUCCUCCUCACUGCCACCACUGGACUGGCCUCUGCCAUCUCAGUUUGAGGGCUUGGAGUUAAGAGUAGAGGUUCAGCCUCGAACACAUCACAGAGCUCAUUAUGAAACCGAAGGUAGUCGUGGGGCAGUGAAGGCUUCACCAGGCGGUCAUCCUGUUGUAAAGGUAAAAUUUGUUUGUCAUCCACUCUCACUUUAUAAGCUCACCAGUGUUUUUCCGAGCCAUUACUAAUCCAACCUGUGGUUAAAAAUGUGUGCUGUUUAUGCUACUUGAGAACAGGUUUAUAUUAGGCAUGUGCAUGGGAAAAAUUUUCGGUUCGGCAUUCCGAACUUCGGCACUUCGACACUUCGGAUCUUCGGCAACUUCGGCACUUCGGAAGUUCGCCACUUCGGAAUUUCAGUAACUUUGACUCUUCAGAACUUUGGCACUUGGGAACUUCUCUUGCCUCCGCUUGGUAGAUAACUCCCUAAUUCCCAGGGUAGCCUGUGGCUACUCACUGUUAAAAAAAAAAAGGGUACCCCCUCCCGAGCCGCCACCCCUGAGCAGCGGAUGGGGGCCCUAAAGUAAAAUAAUAAUACUAAUUAGGGGGGGACCUAAUGUCCUCCCCCUGGCCCCCACCCCUGAGCGGUGGGUGGGAGCCCUAAAUACUAAUUAAGGGGGGGACCUAAUGUCCUCCCCCCUGGUCCCCACCCCUGAGCAGUGGGUGGGGCCCUAAAUACUUAUUAGGGGGGGCCUAAUGUCUUCCCCGUGGCCCCCACCCCUGAGCGGUGGGUGGGGGCCCUAAAUACUAAUUAGUGGGGGACCUAAUGUCCUCCCCCCUGGCCCCCACCCCUGAGCGGCUGGUGGGGGCCCUAAAGAAGAGUACCUGAAAAAAGAAAAAAAAACUUACAAUUUGAUGUUUUCUUUUUUCUAAAAUCUUAUUUUUUCAGCCCCAAAAAAGGCCAAAUAAAAAGCCAUAAAAACCGACUCACUUAAAAAAAAAAAAAAAUCCAUCUUCACCCGGUGAGGGCUCCACGCAGACUGAGCUCUCCAGGGCGGGGGAAGGCUUAUAAAGCCUUGCCCCGCCCUGCACUUAGGCUCAGAGCACUCUGAUUGGUUGGUUUGAAAUCCACCAAUCAGAGUGCUCUGUGUCAUUUUACACAGCGUGGAAAAGUUCUUUGGAAUUUUCCCACGCUGUGUAAUUUGACUCAACUCUCCGAUUGGUGGAUUAAGUAACCAAUCAGAGAGUUAUGAGUCAAAUUACACAGCGUGAAGAUUACCUUUUUUUUUUUUUUGCUCUCUUUUUUUUUUUUUUAAAGUGUGUAGGUUAUUAUGGCUUUUUAUUUGGCCUUUUUUGGGUCUGGAAAAAAGAUUUUAGAAGAAAGAAAACAUCAAAUGGUAAGUUUUAUUUAAUUUUUUUUCAGGUACUUAGUUAAAUGAUCCCCCCUCAUUAUUUUUAGGGUGAGGGGGAUAGGGACCCCUAGUCACCCGUGGGAGGGGGGAUUAAUUUUUUUAAUUAGGUCCCCCCCUAAUUAGUAUUUUAGGGCCCCCACCCACUGCUCAGGGGGCAAUAGGUCCCCCCUUCAGGUUAGGAGGGGGAGGGAGACUUUUUUUUAAAUUUUUUUUUAAUUUUUUUACAGUGAGCAGCUACAGGCUGCUCACUGUUUAAUAGACAUGCCCCUACUCGCGGCAUAAUUUACUAAUACUAAGUAAUCUUUUUAGGUCUUUUAGCCUUUUAGUAGAUAGCUCCGUAGGAAUUAGGGAGUUAUCUACUUAUUCAUUCCUGUCAUUACAUUGACUGGCUAAGUAACUUACAUUUUAUAUGAAUGUGUGUAACUUCAUUGUUGUAAGUGUUGCAAAUGCUUACACCUGAAUCCUGGCUACGUUUGUAUACUUUUUAUUUAAAAUUGAAUACAGUUUAACUGUGCUUCGGAACUUCGGUAAUUUCGGAACUUCGGGACCUCAGUAAUUCGGCACUUCGGCAAUUCGGCACUUCGGCUAUUGCCCAAAAUUCGUCCGAAUUCACAUUCGGACAGAAACGAAUUGCACAUGUCUAGUUUAUAACAUCUAUAGUCUACAUGAGUUAAUUAUGUAUGUAUUAGAAGAUAUCGGUAAGAGAUUUUGCACAUGUUCGGUGGGUGUGAAUGGACUUCUGCAUGGAAUGUACAAAAUAUUUUGCCAGGCUAUGUUUGUGCUUAAACUCAGGUGUGCACACAUGUUUAUAUGUCUGAGUAUCAUGCUGUAUUUCCUUGAAGGAGUACAUUUAUGAUGAGUUGUGCAACAGUGCACAGUCAUGCUUGAUGGCACAAGAAAUAUUGAAACAAUUUCCUCUCAUCCUCCCCAUCACUUAAAGAUGUAGAUUAUAGCAAGAGAGCAGACACAGUUAAAGAAACAGCCAAAGGAGAUUCUCAUGUGAAAGGAACACUGCUCAAUCUUAAAAAACAAAGAAAGUUAUCAACACUAACCUAGCAAUUUCAGGAACUGAAAAUGAAAUUAUAGGACAAAAUAGAUUAUCUAAGAAAUAAUCUGCAAAAUUAUUUGACUGAAAAAUUUUUCUAGCCCUGCUAUUAGGACCUAAAAUGUGCAGUUCACUUUGCAAUUCCUCAUUCAAUAAAUGUCCCUUACAAAUAUAUUAGUUUUAUAGUCGCACAGGUUAAGUACAAGAUUAAAGCAUAACCUAUGCAUUUAGGGGAUAUUAGAAAGUGAUCCACAACCUCUGCUUUGUGUACAGAGUAAAGUUAAAGAAAAAAAAAACAGCAAAACAUUUUAAAGAACCAAUCUAGCAUUACAAGUUAAAAAAACGUAUUUGUAACGCUGUAGUGUUUUGAUGUCUUUUUAGCUUCUUGCCUCCCACCCACCUCGCUUUGCACAUGGCUAUCAUUGAUCAUUCUAUUAUCAUUAUAUGUUAAACCUGGCCAUUCUAAGACUGCUAAUACAUUUUUAUUUAGUGUUCUUGGUAUAUUAUACUCUGCGUGUUAGGGUAGUUAUUCAUGACACAUAGCAUUUAUAUAACACACCUACUACUGGUCAAGACAACGUCUGGCCUCCUUUCUGUGUGAUUGUGAUGCCACAUAUCUGGCUUUGAAGCUGCACACACAAUAUAAAACCCAGCCUCCGUACACAGAAGAAGCUGAGCCGUACACAGAAUAAGCUGAGUACUGGGACACUGUUAAGAAAAAAGAUAGUUUGAUAUUAUUGUAGUACCACUGUAUUGGCAACAACCAAUUAUCAUAAUAAAUACAUUAUGAUUUGAAAACUGAUAAUUUACUUUGUGGCAGCUUGAGCCUGUUUCAAAGCCUGGUCCUGUUACUGCCACUACACUUGCCCCUAUGGUAAUCUGACCUUGGCUACUGCAGAUAAAUUUGUUAUAGACAUUUGCCUGGAGCCUGGUGAAUAUGAUAUGACUACAAGUCCCAUAAUGAUCAAAUAUUGUCGGUUAGCCUUUCUACCAUGCAUAGGAACACACAUCAAGGUUGAUGGGAGUUGAUGUCCACAGACGAUGUAGCCUGUACAGGAAACCACUGAUUUAGCUUGCAUUGCUGAUAGUCCAACAUUGACUAAGCAUGAUGAAAGUUUUAGACUACAGUGUACUGUCACUGGCGUACCCCUCCAGGGGGCCCAGCCGCCCUGCGACCCGUUAUGUAUGCCAGUGUGGCCACAUUUUGCCAGCCUAUUCUCCUGGGGGGUCCAGGAGCUGGCCACCUCAGGGCCCCCCGAGGCUGGCAGUGGCGUUACAUGGCGCGCGCGCGAGGGAGCAUUCUCCCCUGAACACUCUCUGCCCAGCUCCCUCGCACGCACCGCAGUGAUGCAGGAGCCGGAAUAUGAUGUCAUUCCGGCUCCGUCAUCAGUAAGCGGCACGCAAGGGAGCUGAACAGGAGGAUCAGUGCUCCCUUGCCGCCUGCAGGACCGGCCGCCCAGUAGCCCCACUGGACCCCAGGGAGAACUGGAAUCCCCUCAGCACUCCCAAAGGUAGGGAGGCUGGGGGAUUAAAUAAAAAAAAAUGUGAGUGUGUAUGUGUAUUAGUGUGUGUGUGCGUGUCAGUGAGUGUGUUAAGUACUGUGUAUGUGUCUGUUACUGAGUGUGUUAGUUUGUGUGUGUCUGUUAGUGUGUGUCUGCUAGUGAGUGUCAGUAAGUGUGUUAGUUUUUGUGUGUCAGUGAGUGUGUGUGUUACUGUGUGUGUGUCUGUUAUUGAGUUUGUGUCAGUGAGUGCAUUACUGUGUGUGUCUGUUACUGUGUGUGUCUGUUACUGAGUGUGUUAGUGUGUGUUAGUUAGUGUGUGUUAGUUAUUGUGUGUCUGUUAGUGAGUCUGUUUGGUGUCUGUUAGUGAGUCUGUUUGUUGUCUGUUAGUGAGUAUGUGUUUGUCAGUCAGGGAGUGUGUGUGUCUGUCAGUAACUGUGUGUGUCUGUUUUGUUCUCUGGCAUCCUUGCUAGUGUGUAUGCGUCUGUUCGUGACAGUGUGUGUGGUUAAAAUCCCUUCAGCACUUACCUUUCUCCACGGAUCUAUUUUCGCACCGGGGCCCCAUGGGUCGUGUGUACGCCACUGGGUACUGUGAUAAUCACUAUUAUUUUCUUGCACACCAUUUACAAUAGAAUGCAACAUUCGGAACAUUUAGAUCACAGGGCCAGUUGAUGAAAGUCAUAAUGGAGUUUGCUAAUGCUUUUCUAGUCAUCCUUUAAACCAGUAAUGGGCUGUAAAUACAUACUGCUUGUGAUUUUACCAUGUGAUUUGAGAAACCUAUUAAAAGCACAAACCUUCACCGUGCUUUUUCUACUUCAGAGGCCACCAGACACUGUGACCUGUCCCCAAAUGAUCACCAAAUCUGUGGAGAAUAGGGCCGAUGAAAUCAGUGCUAUUCUGUACAUAUACAUAUGCAUCCAUAUAUAUUCAUAUAGCCAAACACACAGACAGAUACACAAAAAUAACUAGUCAAACACAUACAGACGUAUAUACAUUCACAAAAAUAAUUUGCAAAUUGCCAAACACAGGUUAGUAGACGACACACAUAAACACAUUCACUAUUUCUCUCCCUCUACGCUCAUCAGCAAAGAGGGAGGUUGAGAGUCACAGUCAUCACUGCCUAGUAACAUGCAGAGGUCCAUGGGAUGUAACCUUAUAUAACUGUUUUUUUUUUACUAAGCAAGACUAGGGGGCAGCACAGGUGCAGAGAAGCAGCCACAUGGUGUACAAAUAAAUUAUAAUAAUAUUAUUGCCACCUAGCUCUUUGCUUAAUCAGUCUUAAAACAACCUGUAGGUUUUCCUUUUAAAGAAACAUUAUGGACACCCAGACUCAUUCAUCUCAUUGAAGUGGUCUGGGUGCACUGUCGCUGUCCCCUUAAUCCUGUAGCUGAAAACAUUGCAGUAUAAGAGAAAACUACCAACAGCUACUAGAGGAACUUCCUGCAGUUUCUAAGAGCUUUGCAUGAGGACAUCCUGCUGCAGCUGCUCUGCCUCUUACCUCCAAAUUUCUAGCUGCUCUCCAGUGCAGUGAUUGGUAGUGCUGUGCAACGCUCAAGUCCUACAAAAUUAGCUAUACGCAAUGCUAGUAUAGGCCAGUAUGAGAGCCGGGUUCUCUGAAGCAGAUAGCUUGGGAACUUGGCUAGAUGCCUAAAAUUGCCAUUCCGAUGUUUUGUUAAUAACCCUGUUAAUGGUAAAGCUGGUAUUUACAUACCUCGCAACUCUAGGCGUUCUGAGAAGCGGUACACCAUUGGUGGAGGGUAGAGGGGGGCCUUACUGGAAAGCAUGUCAAUCAUCUAAGAUCAGACCACUGAGGACAGAUCCGACAGGGAGCACUGUUUCAGUGCUCUCUGAAGGAUAUUAGUGCCCUGAACAUAGCGCUCGGCAACUAAUGAAGUUCUUGAACCAUGCUUGUUGGGGACAGUUCCCUGCUGUCCCCAAAAGCUGGAUUGUCCAAGGAUGGCAGGAGAGAACCCAAUAAUCGAGACGAUUGAGAGACUUGUAUCUAUUGGCAGUUUGUUGUAGAAUAAGUAGUGGUGAUGCUGAUAUUAAAUGGUAACUCCCGGUGCACCAUUUAAUAUGGUUCAAGCAAAUUGAUGAUAUAGACAAAAUAGUGAUAUUACUGAUAUAGAAAGGGUUUUAUCUAUAGUCUAACCAGGGAUUGUGCCAAUACGGUAGAUUGCUAGCUACAGUUGAAAUUGCCAAUACAGACCGAUUGUUGUAGGCUUUAGUUUGUCAUGAAAGUGGUGAUGAUAUUAACAGUACUUUGUAAUUAAAAUCUCAUUGAAAAAUAUAAUGCUAAUAAAGUUCAUACUCUGUCAGUCCGUCGAUACGUUGCUAUACCUCAGCUCACAUUACAAUAUCACUAUUUGGUGAGUUCAAACCGAGUAAGUGCUCAUCGUAGUAAAAUUGUAUCCCUGUAGCUCAGUGUACACCUAAUUAAAUCCACGUGCCAUACUCACCAUAUGAUAAUUUCCUGAUGUCUAGAUGCUAUAUCACCCAACUUCAUCACUUGAAGUCAAAUGGAGCAUCAUUAGCAGCUCAUUUUGUACAGCAAGAAAAAAGGCAGAAUAAGGCAUAAAAUGACAUACUGUUACAAAUACAAAUUACAUUAAAAAAAUGACAAGACUGUACAGGGUUAGAUUUUCUACGCCAGUGACAUUUUAUAUAAUUGAGCUGCAAGAGAGAACAACUGUUUAGUAUAGUGUUUUAAAAAUAUUUAUGGGAAGACAUCUUCAGAUGACAAGGCUGGCUUUAAUAACUAGUAUAUAGAGCACAUGGUCUGGAGGAGCUUUAACUGUUUGCACUACUAGAUCUGUUGGAAAGAGGUUGCUCAAUUUUUAUAGUGAGUAUGUUUUAACCCUUUUGCAACCUAUAAUAUGUAAACAUAAAUGUAUGCAUCUGUACCCUAACACUGUGUAUAUACAAUUGGACUAAUUUAGGGCAGCUCCAGACAUAUGCUUUUCACCCCCUUGUGAAUGUUUUGGUCUUUUGUCUUACUUAUUUAUCAGAAAAUAGACUGCUGCCACUACAUACUACAGUGGUGCUCCACUUGUAUCAAACGGCCUUUUUGACUUAGUAAUGACUAUCCUGUACAUAAUGGGUUCCAUGUUGUGUGCGGAAUCUCAAAACCAGGUAUAUGACAUCACCAUCACACACAAGGCAGAGCCCAGGGUUGUGUGGACAAGUGCUUGGAUUGCUAUAAUAUACAUCACAUAUGUAGCACGGAACUACUACAACAAUGGAAAUAGAAAUUUAUUAGGCCCACAAACAUUUUUCAGCUUUAGGACUUUGGAGCACUAAAUCCAGCAGUGAUAAGAUUUAGUUUGCUAGAUGUUGUGUACUAUAACUCCCAUGAUUUAGAACCCGGUAAAGAUAUGCAAGGAGGUUUCCUGCUAUUGUACCCCCUGUAUGCUUUGUUUUAUAAAUUCAACAAUUUGCUAAUUUCUCUAAAGCCAUAAACUCCCCUUUUCUGAGAUUAUGUUUAAUAUCCUGAAUAAAUUAAGUUGAGGUUUGAAUUUAUGUUUUCUUCUGAACUAAACUGUAUAUGAGACAAUACAUGUUCCUUACUGAGGUACCAGCUCCUUCAUUACGGAUGAGGCUUUAUGGAGGGGAGAACAUGCUGGCAAACUCUAUGUAAUUACAUAAACAGCAAUGGGGGAGUAUAGUCAUGGAGUCCUGGAAAAGGGACAAGUACGCCCAAAAAACAAGCAUGUCAGCCUGGCAUGAAUGUACUGCCAGUUGACUGCCAGUCAUGCCUUGAAGGACAGGCCUUAUAGAGAGCACAGCCCCUCGCGCAUAAUGCUAGGCUUUGUUAGGAUAGUUCCCUGGUGUCCCCAAAACUGACCUUGAAAUAUUGACUGUUCACUGAAAUUUGAACAGUUGGGAGGCCUGAUAUAGCUUCUGCCUGUGAUGUGUGUGACUGUGUGUGUGUGUGUACCAGUGCCGACUUUAAUAUUAAUUGUGCCCUGGGUAAGAUUCUGCUGAUGGCCACCUCUAUCCUCUGCCUCUAUCACUUGGCCCUUACUGUCCACGCAUCCACCUACAUCAAUCUCCCCUAGAAAAAAAAACCUGUAAAAUGUGCACGUUUAAAGCACUUUUAGUACUAAACCACAUUAUAAAAGAACUCUAUUUAAUCUAAGGCAAAUGCUUAAUGAUGUUAAAUUCUGUGAAGUGAUUUGGUUUACAUACAUAAUGUUCAGUUGAGAUGAAAUAUCCAUGCAGUAGUUAUGGUCACCAAUAUCCUCCCUUUGAGUAAUAGCUCAUUGGAAUGCUGUUGCACAAGUUUUGGCCACCAGCACAAGAGUUGCCAAAAGGUAGUUCCCAUCUGCCUUACAACCCCUACAAUGCUUGGCCAGUUGGGGAUCUACCAUUUGCCCAUCCUUGCAGGGUUGUAUUUGUGAGCAUAUUUUGUAUGGGAUAUGUAUGUGUGCAUGCAAUGGUGCAUUUGAAUGCAGUUGUACAUUUAUAUGUACUAAUGCAAUUUGAAAACAGUGGUGUAUUUGUGUGCAGUGUUUGAUUUCAGGUGUGUGUUUGUAUGUAGUGUCAGCAUUUGAUUGCUGUUAUAUAUGCACACAUACACACACAUUGCUACACACGUACAUACUGAUACAGACACACACUGACAAAUGCAUUCACAGAAACACACACUGACACAUACACACACACACAAACAAAUACACACACAGAUACACACUUACAAGUAAUAAUUCCCAUAGUUUAAGCCACCCUCCUGUUUUAAUACCUUUUGGGUGCAGGAGAAUGAUGUCACGUGUGUCCAGUGGGAUCCUGCUGUUGGCUGCUAUCUCAGUUGCACUGUUAAAGGCCCACAGCCCUUGAUCAGACUUGCCCAUCGGGCAGCCCUUAGAGCAUUGGCCAUCUGAUGGGCUGCCUGCAGCUUGCAGGACUUGGUGGUGCCACGUCAGCUGCACUCAUCAGUAGUUCAGCUGCUGGUAAAUGACUCUGAAAGUUUUAAAAAGAUGAAGUGGCAUAGUACAAUAAAUUAUGUGAAUACUCAACAAUAAAAAUAAAUUAUAUAAGUGACAUAAAAUAAAUAUAUUCAGUGCAGCAGCCAUUCAGAUCCUGAUAACAGACCAGUAUUUAUUUCUGUUUUGUCUCAUUCUAGCUUUUUUUUUUUAUUCUUUAUUUUGCUUGUGCUGGUGGUAUAAAGUGUCAUCACGGUGAAAUAACAGGUAGUUAAAGUGGACAAACAUAGUUUAUUGGCAUUAAAUACGUCUUGAAAUCAGCACUUUUCUUUUUUAAAGAAAACAAUAGUUGAACAUUAUGUACCUGAGACAGAAAAUAUUGGCAUGCCCGAAUCACCAUGAGUUCUGUAAGGCUCGGGAUAGGUAUUGUACAUGCGUUAAAUAACCUGGGGUGAUUCCUAAAAUAAGGGUGAUGUGAUGAGAUGGUAAGGUACAUUACCAGCUCAAUGGGCUCUCACGGGUACAUGGGGAGCCAUUGAACUAAGAAAAAUUAACAGAAGGGCUGAUGCCCUAACAGCGGGUAUUAAUAUUAAUACUUGACCAAAGUGGGUUAGGGGGGAAUUAGGUGCUUGCCAGAGGUAAAAGAGUUGAUGUAUACCAGUAAAAUAUACCCCCAUCCGCAGGGGAAAACGCUAACUGAUCAAAACCACACAACUCAAUCAUAACUAACACACACCAAGAUUACUAGACUCGACACAGAGACCAGAUCUCCAGAGGACAACCCUAAAGAGGAGACUGUAAACUGGAUACUCACCUACCCCCUCCCUAACCUCAGCCCACACCUCCAUCCCCAGAUAAACAAAAGACAAACCACAACCUUCACUAACCUCACGGACCACAGUGAGGAAUACCCCCACAGAGACCAAACAGAAACCACACAAGAGUCACAAACCCACAACAAUCGACUCACUCAGCCACAGGACAACACCAAACAAAUAACUUAGGAUAACCAAAGCAUAUGGUAGACCACUCAAACCCUCCCCCCUAUCCACACCCCCACCCUAACCACAUGACCAAAACGUAUACGAAAGACUAGUAGGAGCAUAGAAAUUAGUGCGAACUAGUGUGAUGACACAAGCCGCCCUCAUCAAAUAAACCAAACGCACUAACAAACUAAAUAUUGGCAAAUCAAAAACGAAUGUAGAGGACACAUGAUAUCCAUCCUUCCCCAUUUAUCCAAUACCGGCUCCCCACACUACUAGACGCUAACACCGAAUCUAGCUAUGCAAGCUCUAACGCAAGCGAUCACUAGGACCACACUACAGACAACACACCAUUAAGGUUAAAAAUAACACCCCCCCCCCACCCCUCCCACCUCAGUACCAAAAGGAUCAAUUAUCAACGAGGCAAUGCAAAAUGUAAACUUGCAAACAAUACAAAUAGAUUCCUAAGGAGCACAACUGUUAUAUGAGCUUAACCUGUUUGUUGACCAAUAUUGAACAAUAUGUAUGUACUGUGAUACACAUCUCAAGAAUUCUAAUCCCUUGUUUUCUCUUCUGUACCCCUACCCUAUAAAUACAAAACUUUUCAAAAUAAAGAAUUUAUAAAAAAAAAAAAAAAAGUUGAUGUAUAAGAGCAGCAGGUGGGUAGAUUACUGCCUGACUGGGCCAAUCCACUGUAGAUCCCUCAGAGGGUCAUGAACAUGAGAUGAAUGUGCUAUAACAUGAGUCAAGCAGACAAGGGCAUUCAAAAAUGUAUAAAUAGGUGUUAGAGGGGGGGCAAGAUCAAGAAAAGAGAUAUAGCACUGAAAGCCAAAUUGUGCAGUUAAAAGUAACAAUACUAUUAUUAUUAUUAUUUAUUAUUAUGUUAUUAUUUAUAUAGCGCCAACAAAUUCGGUAGCGCUUUACAGUGGGUGGACGAACAGAUAUGUAGUUGUAACCAGACAAGUUAGACACACAGGAACAGAGGGGUUGAGGGCCCUGCUCAAUGAGCUUACAUGCUAGAGGGAGUGGGGUAAGGUGACACAAAAGGUAAGGAUAAUAUUAGACUAAUGACAGUUGCAAGAGAGGAAUCAGUCGGGAGCUAUUAAAGGACCACUAUAGUGCCAGGAAAACAUACUCGGCUCUGGCGAGGGGAAAAGGGGUUAAACUUACCUUUUUCCAGCGCUGGGCGGAGAGCUCUCCUCCUCCGAUCCUCCUUCUCUCCUCCCUGUCGGCUGAAUGCGCACGCGCGGCAAGAGCUGCGCGCGCAUUCAGCCGAUCACAUAGGAAAGCAUUCAUAAUGCUUUCCUAUGGACGCUUGCGUGCUCUCACUGUGAAAAUCACAGUGAGAAGCACGCAAGCGCCUCUAGUGGCUGUCAAUGAGACAGCCACUAGAGGAUUAGGGGGAAGGCUUAACCCAUUCAUAAACAUAGCAGUUUCUCUUAAACUGCUAUGUUUAUGAAAAAAUGGAUUAAUCCUAGCUGGACCUGGCACCCAGACCACUUCAUUAAGCUGAAGUGGUCUGGGUGCCUAGAGUGGUCCUUUAACAAUUUAAUUGAUACGCUUUUAUGAAGAAGUGGGUUUUUAAUGAUUUUUUUUGAAGGAGUGGAGACUGGGUGAGCAUCUAACGGGAAGUGAGUUCCACAGGAACGGUGCAGCCCUCGAGAAUUCUUGAAGGUGAGCAUUAGAGGUGGGAGUACGGACAGAAGACAGACGUAAGUCUUCAGCAGAGCGUAAGGGCCUAGACGGGGCAUACUUGUGUAUUAGGGAGGAUAUAUAGGUGGGAGCAGCAUUAUGUAGAGAUUUGAAAGCAAGAACCAGAAUUUUUAAUUGAGUUCUAUAUCUUACAGGAAGCCAAUGUAGGGACUGACAGAAAGGUGAGGCGUGGGCGGUGCUGGCAGACAGGAAGAUGAGCCUUGCCGCCGCAUUCAUUGUGGACUUUAACGGUGCAAGUUCGGAGCACCUUAGACCACUGAGAAGCAGAUUACCGUAAUCAAGGCGAGAAAGGACAGUGGAAUGGACUUGCACCUUAGUCGCUUCUGGCGCGCGCAAUGUUUUUGAGAUGGAAGCGGCAGGAUUUGACAAUAGACUGCAGGAGGGGUGAAGGAGAGGUUGGAGUCAACGAGAACACCUAAGCAGCGAGCCUGCGUGGUGGAGCUGAUGGUAGCACCAUUGACUUGGAGGGAGACAGAGAGUAGCAACACUUGAGGGAGGAGUAGCAACACUUGAGAGAGGAAAGACCAUAAUUUCAGUUUUGGUUAAGUUGAGUUUAAGGAAGUGGGCAGCAGGCCCGGACUGGCCAUCGGGCACACCGGGCAAAUGCCCGGUGGGCCGCGGUGUCCGUGGGGCCGAGGCCGGCAGGGGAGGUCCCAGGAUCUCCCCUGCCGGUCUAUGCAGGGCCGGCACUAUCCGAGCGCCGGCCCCGCUGUCUGCCACGACGGUCCGGUGGGGAGAUCAAAGCUCUCCCUCACCCGGCCCACAUGCGGCCGCCGGCGGGGAGGGAGACAGGCAGCCAGCCAGGCUGGAGAGAGGACCCGGCGGAGCUCUAACUUGCGGCUCCGCCGGGUUCCUCUCGCGAGAUCCGGCGCGUUGCUAUGGCAACGACCGGAUCUCGCGAGAGUGAACUCUAGCCUCACAGGCUAGAGUUCACUCACCCACGAGGACCACCAGGGAACACUGCCUCCCGGCCUCCCAGUCACCAGCAUGCCGCCCCCCCCCCUCCAAGGCUAAAGGUAAGAAGGGAGAGGGGGACAUAGUGUCUGUUUUUUUAUUUUAUUUUAUUUACCCCCCCUACACACACACAAUAACAUUUAUACAGCACUCACACACCCAUCACACACAGCAGCACUCUCACAGAGCACUCUCUCACACAGCACUCACACACCCAUCACACACAGCACUCUCUCACACAGCAGCACUCUCACAGAGCACUCUCUCACACCCAUCACACUCACAGCACUCUCACAGAGCACUCUCACAGAGCACACUCUCACACAGCACUCUCACAGAGCACUCUCUCACACAGCACUCUCUCACACAGCACUCUCACACACACCCAUCACUCUCUCACACAGCACUCUCACACCCAUCACACUCACAGCACUCUCUCACCCAUCACACUCACAGCACUCUCUCACACCCAUCACACUCACAGCACUCUCUCACCCAUCACACUCACAGCACUCUCUCACAGCACUCUCACACCCAUCAUACUCACAGCACUCUCUCACAGCACUCUCACAGAGCACUCUCACACACAGCACUCUCUCACACACAGCACUCUCACACCCAUCUCACACAGCAUUCUCACAUCCAUCACUCACACACAGCACUCUCACACCCAUCACUCACACACGGCACUCUCACACACACACGGUACUCUCACACACAUCACACACACGGCACUCUCACACACACACCGCACUCUCACACACACACACACACACACACUACACUCUUAAAGGACCACUCUAGCCACCCAGACCACUUCAGCUUAAUGAAGUGGUCUUGGUGCCAGGUCCUUCUAGGGUUAACCCAUUGUUUUAUAAACAUAGCAGUUUUUCAGAGAAACUGCUAUGUUUAUCAUUGGGUUAAGCCUUCCCCCAAAGCCUCUAGCAGCUGUCUCAUUGACAGCCGCUAGAGGUGCUUGCGCGCUUUUCACUGUGAAAAUCACAGUGAGAGCACGCAAGCGUUCAUAGGAAAGCAUUAUAAAUGCUUUCCUAUGCGACCGGCUGAAUGCGCGCGCAUCUCUUGCCGCACGUGCGCAUUCAGCCGACGGGGCGGAUCGGAGGAGGAGAGCUCCCCGCCCGGCACUGGAAAAGGGUAAGUUUUAACCCCUUUCCAGAGCCGGGCAGGAGGGGGUCCCUGAGGGUGGGGGCACCCUCAGGGCACUAUAGUGCCAUCAAAACGAGUAUGUUUUCCUGGCACUAUAGUGGUCCUUUAACAUACACACUCUGGAUCCCCUCUACACACACACUAGAUUCCUUGUAAGCAAACACAUACUACACCCCUAAACACACACACACUAUAGCCUGUAUGCACACACUUGCUAUAUCCCCAAUACACACAUUCUCUACAGCCCAUAGCCACAUAUGCAUCACAUUACACCACAAACACAACACGACUAAAACCGACCUUAUUACACAAUACCACACCACGACCAGCUCACUCUACACACACGCAAUACCACAAGCAGGCUCCAAACACAUGCACAAUACUCUUUCCUGGCCUUUUGUCUCCUGGUAUCCAUUUAUAGACACCAGAGACAAGUUACAAGGAAACACAGUGCAAGCAUGUUAUUAAACUUGCUUGCACUGUGCAGAACAAAUACAGGACUUUUUUCUCAUGCUAGAGCUCUUCAGCAGAGCUCUGCGCAUGGUCUGCCCUGGAAGAGCAUUGAACCAACAUGCUCACUUUGAGAGGAGGCGUGUUUGUCAUUGGUGAUGACAAAACACACCUCCUCUGCCCCGCCCCCUUUUUAGUGGGCCGCUGUGUUAAAAAAAUGCCCGGGCCGAAUUUUUCUCCCAGUCCGGCCCUGGUGGGCAGCCAUCCAGUUAGAAAUAGCAGAGAGGCAGUUAGAGACACUAGUCAAGAGGGACGGGGAGAGAUCAGGAGAGGACAGAUACAUUUGCGUGUCAUCCGCAUAGAAAUGAUAUUGGAAACCAAAGGAGCUAAUGAGUUUACCAAGGGAGGCAGCAUAGAUGGAGAACAGUAGGGGACCAAGGACUGAACCUUGGGGGACACUAACAGAGAGGAGUUGGAGAGAAGAAGUAGAGCCAGAAAAAGAAACACUGGGAGAGGUAGGAGGAUCACCAGGAGAGAGCAAUAUUUUGUUGACCGAUAUUGCGGAGGAUGAGAAGAAGCUGUUGAUGAUCAACAGUGUCAAAAGCCGCAGAAAGGUUAAGGAGAAUUAGGAUAGAGUAGUGACCACGAGAUUUUGCAGCAAGUAGAUUAUUGGAUACUUUGGUCAGUGCCGUUUCUACAGAGUGCUUAGCGCGGAAACCAGACUAAAGCAGGUCUAGCAGAGAAUUGGACUCGAGGAAGUCAGGUGGUCGAAAGAGUAGAUCCUCUAUUCCUAUGCACGAAGGGCUCUAUGGUGGCACGGACUCAGGUAUGAGUUGGAUGUGGAUUGGUCUCGAUGGAGGCCAGCACAGGAAAGCCCAGUGUCUUCAGGAGUGUUGGUGCCUCCAUUGCAAAACCAAGUCUGUGUACAGUACUGUUUUAGGUCAUCAGCAGUGAUCUCGGUGCCCCCCGCCUGAACGCAGCUGGAACGUGAUGUGGCGAAGGAAUCUACACCACUGCACAGUAGCUCUUGGUAGAGAAACAGCUGAGAGUCCUCAAAUGUAUAGGGCAUUUUGCCCCACAUUGCCACUCUGGGAAUUUGUGCAGAGGAGGAUAACAUCACGUGGGGCAAUCUUUUUUGUCCCCUUUAUGCUGAAUCUUUUAGCUACCUGGGGAGGUAACACGAUUGCCACAAGGCGGUGUAUAUAAUGGGGCAGUUCUUCCACUGUGAUCAAGGCAGGGAUACUUUGGAUAUUCACAUGGUUGUGACUAAGCCGGUCUUCGAUAGUAGAGAAUUGAAAUGUGAGUAGCUGUUGGGUAGACUGGAAUGAGUCCUUGAUAUUUGAGACUUCUGUACAAAGGUCCAUGACGUCCUCUUCUGGACGUCUGCAUGUGGUCGUGGGCAUGUUGGAGGUCCGUUCUAAUCACAGCUAGGUCUGUUUCCCAUAGCUUUUGCAUGUCUUGCAAGAGAGUCUGGAUAUCUUCUUUUGUGGCAAGGUUACCCGUCAGGGACUAAAGGUGAUUAGCGACAGCCAGGAGGCAGUCAGGAGGAGUGUGUUCCGCUGUUUUCUGGCCAGUCCAAGGGCCGACACAGCUGUAGCGUCCUUAGUCACCAUCUUGGGUUGAGAUUGUUUUUGGAGCAUGAUACCUAUGUCUCUCCAAUUAGGUACUGCCCCGGUGGAGGUUUCUGUGUUUUUUACUCCUUAGUUAACGUGGGGGUUAUGGCUGGUAACGGGUGUUGAGCUGCAGCAUCAUUGGCAUCAUCGUGGAGCGCUCCACCAAGGAGGCAUUCCAAGUAAGGAAAGGCCAAUACUCUUUUAGGUCCCACUCUGGCAUUUCAGUUUUGCGGUUUUCAGUGCCUGUAAGAAAGGUAUCAAUAAUCUGCUGUGUCAGAUGGGAUAUUAGUCAGUAGUUUAUAGCGGGGGAUUUUACUCAGAUUCGUCCAGAGUCAUUGGGACCCAAGAGAAAUUGCGUCUGCUCAAGUUCAUUUUAGCUUUUAGUCUGCUGGACCUGUUUAUAGGAGUUUAUGCAAGUAUUUGUGUGUUUUUGUUUUUUUUACUGUGGAUUGCUGUGAUGACAUAUUUUCAUGCACAGUACCACUGUAUUUAUUUUGAACAUUGUAUGGUGUAUGUGUCAUUGGUAUACAUUUCAAGUUAGUAGAUACUUUAUGGUGGUAGUUUUUAUGCGCACCAUUGUUGUAUUAUUUUGGUGCCUGUCUCUGCCAAGAGGCACCAGGAACAGCUUCUGUGGGCCCCCUGCAGCAAAGAUGGCUCUGGUGUGAUGUUUGUAAAAUGUUUUUGAAAUAACAGAAAUAUAUAAUAAAUGUUAACAAUAAAUACCAUGUUAAUGAGGUGGUUGGGUUAUUGCUGAAACUGUUGGCAAAUAUCCAUAGGUUAGUAUGGGGCUUGGAGUGUCCCUUUUAUGUUAUUUUAUUCUAACUAAACUAACUACAUAACUACACCAGUGUCCUGCCAUUGGUUUAGUAAGGAGAAUGUCAUCUUACAAUUGCUUCUUGAUGUCCAAAUUCUCAUAUAAUACUAAAAAAAACAAAAAAGGCUUCAGAUGACAUGUGCCAUCAGCAGCCUAUCAGGAACUGGGAAUUGCUGAAUUGCUCCCGGAUUCCCAUUCUGUAGGAAACAGGAAGAUGUUAUUAUUCAAGGAUGAACAAAUGUUAGCAAUCCUUUAUUGACCUUUUUUUAAGGAAGAUUUUAAAAUCAUUAAAAAAAAGUAUAGGUGCUUUGUAAAAGUGCAAUAAUAUACUGUAGUAUUUUCUAAAGCAAUUGCCACUUUAAUGGAACAUGCUGAUGUUGUUGGCAGGGGCUGGCUGCACUGGGGCGGUUUUCAUUGGGUGACUAGAUGGCUUCCAGCUGUUUCCUUGUCCUCUCUUUCCCACGCUCACUCUCCUGACAACACGAAGAUCUGAAAAAGACACUGUCAUCGACCUCAACUUGGAAUUCAUGUGUCCCUAGCUAGCUAUAUGUCUCCCUAUAACAGUAUAUCUACUCUUUGCCCUAUGGAUGAAUCAUCUCGUCAUACAGUAUACAGAAAUGUGUGCACAAAAAACUAAUGCAGUACAGGAGAAGAUGUUAGAUAGACAGACAAGCACAGGAGAAGGAAAUGUGAGAUGAUUUGGGGAGGAGGGGAUGAAGAAAUUUAGUCCCCCCCUCCUUUCCAUGUAAACACAUGUCGGAGCUUUUAAUAGAGAACUAGAGCCCUGCUGGGUAAUAUAUUAGGCCUGACUUGACAAUGUCUUAGUAUAGAUUUGUAUGUGGAUGAUUGUAGUUUUGUACUAUUUUUGUACAUUUCAGUGGCUGUGUGUAUGACAUUGGGCAUGUCUGCAUGAGAACAUUUCUGAGUAGAUUUACAAAUGGUUAAACUAUGGAGACUAGUAAAUCCAGUGUUAUUUGACAUAACCCUGUUUUUAAGGAUAAUAAAUAGGUUCCAUGUAUAUGUUUAACUAUAAUUUAAAAAUAAAUGGUCAUGUCUUGUAUGGGAGGCUGUGGCACAGAUCUCUAAAGGGUUUUUAUCUAUUUCCUGUAAUCACAUUCUGAAAUGUCUUAAUUCACAUUUCCCUACUGCUGGUAUGGCUAAUUUUGGCACCCCUGAUGUUUUGGGAACAACUUGAGACGCAGUCUGACAUUAUAACAGCUGUGUAUCAUGGGAAAUAUUAUUCAUAAACAUAUGACAUAUCAAGUAUCACUGCCCUGUUGCUUUUUAGAAUUGAAGGACAAUGCUUAAUAGAGGGAUAAUUCUCUUUCUUCUCUUUCUUAAUUCAUAAUAAAGCAGUGAUAUGUAAAACAAAUAUUGUCACCGAGGGGCAGGUAGCAGUGACAAGUAUGUACUCUUAAAAGUGCAAAGCAAAAACAAAACCUCAAUACAACUUCCACGCUAACUUUAAUCAAGAUAUAUAUGACUGCCCUAACACCUUUUUUGUUUGUAAAGCCUUACCUCAAUCUCACUUUCCACUUCAUACAAGAACUAGUGGACUCUUCUGAUUUGAUUUGUCAUUUACAUCGAUGCCGAAGAACCAGGCCACUCCAAAUGGAAAUAUAUAUGUUGUGUUUUAGCACAUUAGCAUGAACACUGAAUAUCUUCUUGUGACAUUUUUAUAUGUGUGAGUGUGACAGAGGUGCUGGCUGUGAGCAUCCAUCUUUGGGAAAUGAAAACAAAACAACCUUAAUAAAAGGGCCUACCCAAAUUUUAAUGAGCUGAGCUAACUUUUGUAAUUUAAAUGAAUGUAUCUUUUAUGACAAACAUACAAUUUAACUGAACUUAAAUCUCUACUUUAAUUCUAUGACACAUUAUCGUAAUAUUCGCAUCUCUUCUAAAGAACACAAAAUGCAAUGCGAUCCUCUAAAAAUACUCACUGUAUUUUUAAUGUAAUACAAUAGUAAUAUAUAUUGACCAUUUCAUGGAGAAUGUACAUUAAUGGUAUUUAGUUGCAUGGAGGGAUUUCCUAAAUUGCUGCUUUUGGAACGUCAGAGCUUCCUACUUGAUGGUAUUUGCUGCUCAGAUGUUACAAAAGAACAUAAUUUUCUCAAAGAAGAAAUGCUCCCAACAGUGUACAUAACACAAUUUUAUUGAGGGAAGAGUAAGAUAUUGUCCAUAUAAAUGUAAUAGUUUUGCAUUCUAUGUUUGUCAAUAAGUUUUUCUUAAUAUGGGAGAUUUGGGACAUCCAUUCCUUUAGCUAAUGAAUUGUAACAUAAAUUAUUAUAAUUAGCACGUUAUCAUGCAGUCUCUUCUUUCCUUUCAGUUGCUAGGUUACAAUGAGAAGCCACUCACCCUGCAGAUGUUUAUUGGUACAGCAGAUGAACGUAACCUUCGACCACAUGCGUUUUACCAGGUUCAUAGGAUUACAGGAAAAAUGGUGGCCACACCAAGUUAUGAAGCCCUUGUAGGAAGCACGAAAGUGCUAGAGAUGUCUCUGCUGCCUGAGAACAAUAUGUGUGCCAAGUAAGUUAUGUAGCAAAAUGAAACAUGGGACAUUAAAAUGUGAAAUAAGUAAUAGAGGACAUGCAUACCUAUUCUUGAUGCUUUUUAUUUCUUAGGAACCUAUUGCAUUAGUGAGGAUCGACAUAUCACAUGCCUCACCUGGGAAAGGUGCACAAGGCACCUGGUCAUGCUAAGCUAUAACUGAGUGCGCCAUGACUUAGUCAGUCCCGCAAUAGCCUCUGAUUUGUUUUUUAGGCAAUAAUCGUGAUUAACUCUUAAAAGAAAUUGCAGUAUCCAGGUGUCCCAGUGGCAAGAGUCUUUUAUUAAUCAUGCUUAUUCUUUAGAAGAUAACUGUGACUCUGUGAGAGAGACUGCCCAUUGCAAUAGGAUAGUGGCUACCUUUCGGACCUAUCACUAUGAGAUUUCAACAGACCAGAUUUAUUUUGUUUGACAUGUUUUUGCAGCUUCUGAUGCUAUAUUUGGCUUUAAAGUUCUUUACAGUUGUCUUGUAUAAAUACUGUCACUUGUUCUACUCAGUCUGACUUUAUGUCCAAAUAACUUUUGUGUAGGUAUACGAUGAAGCAAGGACUCCUUCACCAUAUUAAAGGAACACUAUAGGGUCAGGAACACAAACAUGUAUUCCUGAUCCUAUAGUGUUAAAACCACCAUCUAGCCACUUGGGUCCCAGUAGCCCCCCUAAAUAUUGCAGAAUCAUACUUUUAAUCAAGUCUGCUGCUAGUUGUUCUGCCCCUGAUCUGCCUGCUUGGCUGGCGUCAUCAGAAGUGAUUCUCUCAGCCAAUCACAAUGCUUUUACAUAGGAAAGCACUGGAUUGACUAAGACUGUCAAGGAGGCAGAUCAGGGGCAGAGCCAGCACAAGUCAAACACAGCCCUGACCAAUCAGCAGCUCCUCAUAGAGAUGCAUUGAAUCAAUGCAUCUGUAUGAGGAAAGUUCAGUGUCUCCAUGCUGAGGGUGGCACCUCUAAUAGCCAUCUGAUGAGUGAGCAGUGGAGGUAUUCCUAGGCUGUAAUGUAAACACUGCAUUUUCUCUGAAAACACAGUGUUUACAGCAAAUAGUCUGAAGGUAAUGAUUCUACUCACCAGAACAAAUACAAUGAGCUGCAGUUGUUCUGGUGACUAUAGUGUCCCAUUAAGAGACUUCGGUUUAUAGUUACCAAAUAAAUUAAUGAUGUUUGUACAUUUAAGCCCAUGAAGCCAACCUAUAUAUUUUUUUCAGUAUGUUGGGGCCUUGAUAGGCCACAACUGUCCUGUUCUAGUCUAUUAUGCUUUUUUUCUAUUUGACAAUAAAUUACAGGCUGGUGUUUACUGUGAAUGAAAGGAAGGAAUGGCAUAGGCAAAAAAAAAAUUCAAACUGGAAGAGCUUCAGUUCCAAACCCAGCUAACGAUUCAUUUCCAUGCUUGUGACUAGAGUUUACCAGAUGGAACUAUCUCUAACAUUAAAGACCUGCCUUUGACUAGCGGACAAAAGUUAAAAAUUUUUUCACACAUCCUAUAGUAAAAAAUACAUGUUAGUUAUAUGGCAUACAUGAAUUAGGUAUAUGGCAUACAUGUAUAUAUGUGCAUGUAUUUGUAAAUGGAUAUGCGUGUAUGUGUGUAUGUAUGUAUAUAUAUAUAUAUAUAUAUAUAUAUGUGCUUUUGGUUUUUCUUUUGGUGCUGAUCCACUAUAAUCUAGAGAGAAUUGUAUGAAGCAUAAUUUAUCUGUAUGAAUCCUUAUCCUGAAGUAAUAUAAGUAUGCUUUAGGUUUGAUUUAACAUAUAUAUAUAUAUAUAUAUAUGUGUGUGUGUGUGUGUGUGUGUGUAUUUGUAUAGGUGUAUGCAUGCGUGCUUUUGGUUUUUCUUUUGGUGCUGAUCCACUACAAUGUAAAGAGAAUUGUAUGAAGCAUAAUCUAACCGUUUUAAUCCUUAUGGCAAGCUGAAGUAAUAUAAGUAUGCUAGGGUUUUAUUUACGUAUAUAUGUAUAUAUAGGUGUGUAUUUGUAAAGGUGUAUACAUGCAUAUAUAUGUGUAUGUAUAUGUUUUGGGGGUUUUUAGUUUUGUUUUUUUUUUCUUUUGGUGGAUAUCCGGGUUGAAAAAUGUAAACAGUUUUGGAAUAGACGGGGUGGAUGGUUUUAAGGAGGAUGGAAAGAGAGAAGGGGGAAGGAAAAGAAGAAAAGAGGGAUGGGAAAGGAGAGGGAAGAGAAAAGGGAAAGAGAGGGACUGACUGAUGGAAAGAGAGAAAUAUAAAAAGCUCGGAUGCCAGAGCUACUCCCACAAAGUAUGCCAAGAAGGCUGGGAAAAUGGAUUUAUGGCUGAAUUAAGAGUUAAAAUAUUACCCAAUUGGAGCUUCAUACCGGGGCUCUAUAGUAUUAUUAUUAUUAUUUUUUUAUCCUCUCUCUCCCCCCUCAAAGUGCUUUGGAGAUACCAGAAGCAUUGGGCCUCUUGGAUCAGUCACUAUGGUCAGAUAACUUUUUAUGAUAUAAGAUGACAUCAAAGUUACUUAAUUUUGUAUCUUUUAAUGUUAGAGGAUUAAACUCUAAAGUAAAGUAGGCAAGGUUAUUAUAUGAUUUAAAAUCCUAUAAGACAACGGUUGCAUGCAUACAAGAAACACACUAUGCUGAAGAAGUAAACAGGUCAUCAUCGCAUCAGAUUUUUCAUUCUAAAUCUAAAGGAGUUAUGAUUAUGGUCUCAAAAAAAAGUCCCCUUUGAACUUAAGGAGAGUUGGUACGACCAAGAGGUCGUUAUUAAAGCUUUAUUAGGCACCCGUUAUUAAAGCUUUAUUAGGCACCCAUUUAAUAACUCUAGCCGAUUUCUAUGCCCCAAAUACAAAGCAAUCAAAUUAUAUUUGUCCAAACGCAGUUUCAAGAAGGGAUUAUUAUCGUUGCAGGAGACUUUAAUCAAGUAAUCGAUCCCAGAUUAGAUACCUCAGAUAACCGUACAUAUAGAAAUACAAUAAACAAGUGAAAAACGUGGCGCUUACAAUUUCAAACACAAAAUAAAAAAUCUUUUAAAAUAGAGCAGCACCUAUAUUGUGUAUUAGCGCAAGAACACUCCAAUCAUAGUAAAAACCGAAAAGGUGCGCUAAAAUUUAAAGUGCAAAUUCAUUUAGCAGCAUCAAAUGUGUAAUAUAAAGUGCAAUAUACUGCUUCACUCACAAGUGAUAAAGUGUAUAUAAACAAUCAGCACAUAUAUGUGAUAAAUCUAAAAGUCCAAAUUGCAAAGAACCACUUAACGUGAUAUAGUGCAUAAAUUAAUAGUAACUUACACUAACAGUAUUUCUGAGGUAAGCCGCAACUACAAUUGUAGAACAUAAAUAAAAGGACAAAAAACACAUGUAGUAUAAUAUUGUAGGAUAAAGAGUACUAAAUUGAUGGAAAAAAUAGGAAAUUAACUAACAAACAUAGAGCAGAUAAGUCUGCUCCACCUUUAGUAGCCCAAAUGUAGAUUUCCACGGCAGCCAGUAAAAAAAAAAUGAACAUCAUUUAAUUCACAUUAGCAAGUUAAAAAUGCUUUGUAGCAAAUAUCACCGGAUACCUUGUAGCAACAGUCCUGCCUAGAAUACGUGUAACCGUCGGCUGUUCGUUGUGCUCGUACACGCUCCAGAUGAGGCUGUGCUUGCAGUCAGGAUACUUCCAGGAGGCGGAGUGUACAUGAUGAAGUCUACUCCUGGUUAGAUGACGUGUUUCGCCGAGUGCUCAGCUUCUUCAGAUCUGACUUCCCUCAUACACACAGUCCUUAAAUAUUCACCCAAAGGGCGAAACAGAACCGUACAUAUACCCCGUAUGCCAACCUAAAAAAGGUAAAGCAAGCUUUUAUGCUUACCCAAUUGGUUAAUAUAUGGCUUAUAAUAUAUCCAGAUAGAAAGGACUAUACAUUCUGUUCAUAUCUUAAUAAAAAAAAUGUACUAGAAUAGAUUUAACAUUAGUAUCACAUUUUAAUUUAGAUUUAAUUAAGAUGAUAGUGAUUGGGAAUAUAACCUGGAGCGACCACGCUCCUGUAAUUGCCACUCUUGAAGGGGGGGACGUAAAAGAUGCACAUGGAAAUUAAAUGAUAGUCUACUGUAAUGGAGCUCCCUGUACCCCUGGCUGGGUAUCUCCGCCAAGGACCGCUUCCUAGCUGGAACAGGGGACAAACCACAGCACUUCUGCCCACAGUUGCCGUGGCUUGACUGGGGCCUUGGAACCGCUCCCUCCUGGAGCCCAAUGGGGAAUUUGCUCUAUCCACCCCCAGGCACUGGACGACACUCAGUCCUGGGAGCUCUAGUCCUUACAAGGACUUUCCCCGUUGAAUCCUCCAUGUUGGAACAGUGAUUUAUGAUUAGCCCUUUCCCCUCCCACAGACAACACAUCAUUCUGGGAGUGCAAGCUGGAAUAUUUUAAUCUGGCGUGCUUUUGUACAAUUUCAGACACAGUUAAGCAUGCCCCAAACACUCUCACACAAACAGUAUAAUCCCUCUCUUGGACCUGAGAGGGGACUAGUUACAAGUACAAAACUCCUCCUCUGUGCCUUAGAGAUAAUUGAGGCAGGAGCUGAACUAACUCAAUUAUCUCCAGGCACAGAAAAACAUACAAUAUUACAAAAAAAACAAAAUACCUUUAAAACACAUAAAAACCCCACAAACGUUCUAUCCCCUGAUAGCCCCGAUCUGGGUGACCAACAUAUCCAAAAAUUACCCAGAUCGAUUCAGGAGUUCGGAAUUUCCCUGGAAUUCAUAAUUUUGACUGACCGUGCACAUGGUCUUAUGCCCCAAAAAAUGGUUUAAAAAUGAACAAACUACCGAACGGAAUCCAUAGUUCUACCCUGGAGCUUGUUCACCUUGUUUGUGGAAACGUUUCCACUGAACAGUGCCCUUCUAAGUCUUAUAAAACCGAACGCAGGCGAUGAUGGAAGUUCAGCGGUGUUCGGGAGUUUCUGUGUCCAAUUUCAGUUCCAUGAACUUGACAACCAAACACCGCUGCCUGUGUUCAUGCGAACAAGAUGGCUACCACCUCGUGGUCGUUCAUGCAAACAGCGACCACCCAGAGGAACAAUUACAACACUGCGGUGGAACAUGUUACAAACUGUCAAUUAACAAGCUCCCGUAUGGUCCAUGGUUUGUGCACCUGUUUGGUUCCCGAACAGAAUAGAGAAAGGGCAUGAACCAAGCCAGUUAACUAGUCUUUUACAGGUUUCCCUACAGAGCCCAUAGUCUGUGGGCAGGAGGUUGGCAAGCAAGCUCCUUCCACGUGGGAAGGGGAGUUUGUCACAUCUACUUACUCAAAAAGAACAUGAAGAGAAAAUAAUGACUGUAAUUACAUUUUAUUUUAGUGAGAAUAAUACCCCAGGUAGAAGAAGUUCAUAAUCUGGGAAGCUCACAAGACUGUAAUUCGGGGACACUUUAUUGCAUUGGGUUCUUUUAUUAAAAAAAGAAAACAACAGAAAAAAGUUAUUAAUAAAUAACAUAGAGAAAGGGCAUGAACCAAGCCAGUUAACUAGUCUUUUACAGGUUUCCCUACAGAGCCCAUAGUCUGUGGGCAGGAGGUUGGCAAGCAAGCUCCUUCCACGUGGGAAGGGGAGUUUGUCACAUCUACUUACUCAAAAAGAACAUGAAGAGAAAAUAAUGACUGUAAUUACAUUUUAUUUUAGUGAGAAUAAUACCCCAGGUAGAAGAAGUUCAUAAUCUGGGAAGCUCACAAGACUGUAAUUCGGGGACACUUUAUUGCAUUGGGUUCUUUUAUUAAAAAAAGAAAACAACAGAAAAAAGUUAUUAAUAAAUAAGAUAAAUAUAUUAGAACAGGAACAUAAACUAUCAUUAAAUCUUGAAUCACGGAAGAAACUGGAAAAGUUAAAAGAUCACUAUAGUGUCAGGAAUAGUGAUGUCCCGAACGGUUCGCCGAACGGUUCGCCGAACGGUUCGCCGAACGGUUCGUGAAUGGUUCACCACGGUUCGCCACGAACGGUUCGCCACGGACUCCAGUCAGCAGACACAUUCCAGCCAAUCAGCAGCAGACCCUCCCUCCCAGAUCCUCCCACCUCCUAGACAGCUCACUAAGAAAGCAGCUUCAAAAUGGAUGCUGUCCAGGAGGUGGGAGGGUCUUGGAGGGAGGGUCUGCUGCUGAUUGGCUGGAAUGUGUCUGCUGACUGGAGUCCGCAGCAAACCGUUCGUGGCGAACCGUUCGCGAACUAUUCAGCGAACCGUUCGGAACAUCACUAGUCAGGAACACAAACAUGUAUUUCUGACCCUGUAGUGUUAAAACCACCAUCUAGCCGCCCUGGGCCCCUCAUGCCUCCAUAAAUAUAGCAAAAGCUUACUGUAUUCAAGCCUGAAGCUGUAACUCUGCAUGCUGUUUGACUCAGAAAAAUAAGCAGUCUGCAGACAUCAUCAGAAGUGGUAGCCUGAUCCAAACACAGUGCUUCCCCAUAGGAUUGGCUGAGACUGACAAAGAGGCAGAUCAGGGGCAGAGCCAGCAUGAUUCAAACACAGCCCUGGCCAAUCAGCAUCUCCUCAUAGAGAUGAAUUGAAUCAAUGAAACUCUAUAAGGAAAGUUCAGUGUCUUCAUGCAGAGGGAGGAGAUACUGAAUGUUUGGAUGCAUUUUAGGCAGCCAUGAACCAGGAAGAAUCUCUAACAGCCAUCUGAGGAGUGGCCAGUGAAGUUAUCACUAGGCUGUAAUGCAAACACUGCUUUUUGCUUUUUCAGCAAAACGCCUGAAGGUAAUGAUUCUACUCACCAGAACAAAUUCAAUAAGCUGUAGUUGUUCUGGUGACUAUGGUGUCCCUUUAUGAGGAGAUUUGGAUGGGUUAAUAGGGAAAGGGAUAUCUAAAGAAUACUUGUUAUUUAAUAAGACACGUCAUUUACAUGCAAAUAAGCAAAGAAAGCUAUUGGCACAAUAUAUCAAAAAUCAAUAUAUUAAAACAUGUACAGUAUUCCUAAAACAAAGGAUAGACAGGGACAGUAUUGGCAUAAAUAAAAGGAUAUAGGAUGCUUAUUUCAGACCUAUUAUCAUAUUAUUAAAAUAAAACUGGGAAAAUAAACAAAGAAUUAAAAGAGGACAUGAAGAUAUAUAUAGACUUUUUUUUUAAAUAUGAAACCACAAAUAAAGAAAGAAAGGAACUGGGAAAGCUAAUUACAUCAGAAGAUAUAGAAUAGGAAAUUAUGGAUUCCCCUAAUGGGAAGAGCCCAGGACCUCUCUUAGUGAGCACUUAUUUUCAGUCCAGCCGGGUACAGGAAUCAGAAGUUCCUGUACCACGGUGCGCACUGCUCCACUCGGCCACACUACAGAGAGUGCCUGGCAGGAGGGAGCGCUGUGCGCCCACCUCCUGCCGGUCACUCCAUCCUAGAGCCCUCUGGACCGGUGCGCCCUAAGGCGGCCGCUAGUGAACCCUUAUGGACGCUCCGGCCCUGGUGACUGGGAAUAUGUCCUUGGUUAUCAGAUUUCUGUAUGUGGGAUGUAUGUGAGAUUUAUGGACAAUGACCCUGACAAACAGUCAAUGAAGGAAAUGUAAAGUGGUAAACAAAUUGUGAAUUUUCGCUGAUUUUGUUUUCGGGCUGAUAAACAGGAUAGCACAGGAGUUUUACAGCAAAGUGAAUUCUCUGAAACCUUUAGUUAAUUCCCCCCCAAGCAUCCCUCUUUCCAGCUUUACAUUAUUUGACAAUACUGUCAUACUAUAUGUUACUUUGGACAGUUAAAUAUUAACAGAAGAUAUGUCUUCACUUACAAAAACAAAGAGAUGCACCAAAACUACUUGGAUGAAAUGAAGUAACUGUUAGGGUAAGGGUAUUGGUUACCAAUGCGUGGUUAAUAGUGAUGUCGCGAACGGUUCGCCACGGACUCAUCAUUGAGUAAACUUUGACCCUGUACCUCACAGUCAGCAGACACAUUGCAGCCAAUCAGCAGCAGACCCUCCCACCUCCUGGACAGCUCACUAAGAAUGCAGCUUCAAAAUGGAUGCUGUCCAGGAUAUGGGAGGGUCUAGGAGGGAGGGUCUGCUGCUGAUUGGCUGGAAUGUGUCUGCUGACUGUGAGGUACAGGGUCAAAGUUUACUCAAUGAUGAGUCCGUGGCGAACCGUUCGGUGAACCGUUCGGGAUAUCACUAGUGGUUAAUAUAAGUUAGUAAAUAGUGUGUGUCCAGCACUUCAAGGCAAAUUCCAAAUUUUGGUGCUAGAAUAUGGAGUUCCUGUUCACCUGGACCCAAAUAAUAAACAAAAAAUAAAGUUUCUCAGCACUCAGCAAUAAAUUUAGGUGGUUUUUUCAACCAUCAAACUGAAAUGGCAACUAAUCCACCUGAUUCCAAGCUUUGAUGGCAGAGGAAACCAAUUGAAUGUAUUACUGAGUGCUAAGGACCUUUUGCUUGGUUGAUAUCAGUGCUGGCACCCAUGUGUGAUUCAUACUGUGUGUUAACUGUGUGAUUCACUAUGUGUGUUACAAGAAACAGUCAACUGCCUAAAUGCAAAAAAUAAAAUAAAAAUUACUCUUUAGUAGAUAUACUGACAAUCAACACACAUGGUUGAUUUUUUUCAUGAGUGUUAUAUCUAAAGCAGCUUGCAAAAUCUUCAGAUUCUUUACCUGCAGACUUUGCAAGCAUCCCUUCUUCUGCAGCCCAGAGCUCUGUGGUUGUCAAAUUACACACUUUCAAAUGUAGCGCUGGGCAAUUGCCAGAGUCUUGAGGUUAGUUCCAUGGAGCAAAACAAACAGGAAGUAACAGGAUUGCAGUGGUCUGACUGACAGCCAGGGGGUACGUGACAAGGUCAAUUUAUAAAAGUAAAUUUUUAUUGAAAUCUGCACUUUUUGUAAAAUGAAAAAGAGGACAAACUCUUCACAGUCUACUGGAGUGUCCUUUUAAUAUUUUAUUAUCCAGCACUGAUGACUUAACAUGGUGCCUAGCUUUUGUGAAGUACGUUGUCUGUAAUGCCUAGUAAGGGUAGGAUGCAGUUGACAAAAAUUUGGGGUAACAAGCUUAACCAUUGGUAAUAUAGACUGCAAGGGAAAGGGUGAUUUAUAACUGUGUGUUAAUGUUUCAGUAUAGACUGUGCGGGUAUCUUGAAGCUGCGGAAUUCUGACAUUGAGCUCCGGAAGGGUGAGACGGAUAUUGGCCGGAAGAACACCCGUGUUCGACUUGUGUUCCGGGUACAUGUCCCACAGGGAGCUGGAAAAGGCAUUUCUUUGCAAGUGGCAUCAAUACCUAUAGAGUGCUGUGAGUAUACCUAUCAAGGUCAAAUGAAAAGAGCGUUAGCAAAACUUGUCAGUUAUGCAGAGGCACCUAUAAGCCUACCAUGGAUAAAUUAAAGAAUAGGCAGGAAAAGCCAAUAAUCAGAUUGAAAGAAGAAUGUUGAUAAGAUAAUUAGUUGUAAUUACAUGUACAGUACACACUGUCUUUACAUAUCAGUGUGGUGCCAUAAUAAUUGUUAAAGACUCUCUGAUAAACUAGUUUUCUGCUGAUUCUGGAGCUGAUGGUAGUAAAUACACAGAACAUUACAUGCUGCCAAAAGGACUUUAAGAUGUUCAUAAUGGUGUGCAUUACCAUUCAUCAAUAAAGAACUAGAAAAGACCACCUGCGUGUUCCAUGCAUACACCAUUACUGUGGUACGCGCACAUCUAUGUUUAGAAGCAUGAAAAAUCAUGUUCCUUUUUUCUUGUUUUUCAAAUAUUAUUAUAUCUGAGCAUGAAGGCACAAACCACACCUCUCUGAUCCAAGUUGCCUGAAGUUAUUAUAUGCCAAGUACAGCAUUACUUAGUUUUUAACUUUGUUCCAUUUCUCAAAGAUAACUUUUGUAAACAAUGCAAUGCUUAUCACAAUGUUUCUAUGAUGUCCAUCUAUUUUCUCUGUGAUAGCGGCAUGUUUGAUAAUUUAAUAUAAACUACACAGGAAUUAAAUAAAUAUCACAUAUAUACCUAUAAAUAAUCAAACCUUGAUAAAACUAUGUGAUAUGUGUAAAGAAAAAAUAUUUUCUUGGUUGUGACCAUACUCAAUAUGUGUGUCUUUCUCAGCCCAGCGUUCAGCUCAGGAGCUCCCUCAGGUGGAGAAUUACAGUCUCAGUGCAUGCUCUGUCAAUGGAAGACAAGAGCUCCUGCUAUGUGGUGCCAACUUUCUUCCGGACUCUAAGGUGAUCUUCCUUGAAAAGGGUCCAGGUAAGACUGCUGCUAUGCCCAUUAUUAAUACUGAACCAGAAGUUCAUAAGUAAACAAUAGUAGACUUCCCAACUGUCCAGAUAAAUGAUCUUUGUGAGGUUAAUGUAAAUUAACAGAGGGGUCCCUCUUGGGGACCUUAAAUAUAGUAGUUUGUGGAUUUCCAGUGUACAUGGCCAGGGUAAUACCAAAUACUCCUCACAUGAAAAGUUGCCAAAAAUAAUAUGCAUUCACACAUUUCAUUAUAUGAGAGAAUAUGAUGUUUAUGUUUGGUUUACAAUUUAAAAAAAAUAUAUCAAUAAAAUAAUUACAAAAUGUAACAAAUUCAUGUUUAUAAAAUGUUGUAAUGAGUCAUUAAAGGGACACAAUAGUCACCCAGACCACUUCAGCUCAAUGAAGUGGUCUGGGUGUCAGGUCCCUCUAGGGUUAACCCUGCCUAAUGUAAACAUAGCAGUUUCUGAGAAACUGCUAUGUUUACAUCUGGGGUUAAGCCAGCCUCUAGUGUCUGUCUUCUGGACAGCCACUAGAGGCGCAUCGGCAAUGAUUGAGGCAUAUUAUGCCUCAAUCACGCAGAGCGUCCAUAGGAAAGCAUUGAAAAAUGUUUUCCUACGGACACUUUGCGCACGUGGCAGUGCCGCGCAUGCGCAUUCGGCGCCAGUGACGUCAGACAAGGAUGCUGACGUCGGCGGGGGAGGAGAGGUAAGGGAGCCCGGCGGGGGAAAAGUGUGAGUAGCUGAAGGGGUUUUAACCCCUUGAGCGCCACGGGAGGGGGACCCUGAGGGUGGGGGCACCUUCAGGGUACUAUAGUGUCAGGAAAACCAAGCGGUUUUCCUGACACUAUAGUGUCCCUUUAAAUUAUAAUUUAUUAAAUAUAUAUAUAUUUUUUUAUUUAUGUUUUAUUUAUUUUUUUCACUUCAUCAGUAACUAUGGUUUUGUUUAUUGACUUUACUUUUUAAGGUUACUUUUACUUGCAAUUGGGCCCAUACAUUCAGUGUGUAUAUAUAUAUAUAUUUAUAAUCUUUAAUGAAGUGAUUGUAUACCCAUAUUUUUGAGUUCAUUGAAGAGUUUCACAUAAUUGGCCUUGUGUAGAGUGUUACUCGUGGGUGUAAUGUUUGCUCCUAAGAAUCUGAUGUGGUCUCGUCGUCAUAUGUCGUGUUUUGGGAUGUUUAUGUCUAGGGCUUGUGUUUUGGCAACAUUCAAUUUGUAGUAGGAGCAUUUGCUAUAUUGGACAAGAAUGUUGUGAAAGUUGGGUAGGGAUAUGUGCGGCUGAUAGUUUGUGUUCGCGGCCUUGGAGUUUUAUGCCGUGAAUAUUCGGGUUGUCUCUUAUCAUUUGGGUUAAAGGCUCCAAUGCGAGUAUGCAAAGAAGGGGGCCUUUUGAGAUAUCAAAGUGGCGAGAAAUGAAAUGACCACGCUAGCUGUUGGGCUGGAUUAAGGGCCAGUGCAACCUGUCAAAGGCUAUUUCAGCAUUCAGCGAGAGCCAGACACUGCGGUUCCCUCCUCCCCGCGAUCCAUGCAUUAUGCCAAGCAACUUCCUCAUGCCGUCUGUCCUCUGUCUACCCCCACAAAGGUCCUCGCCUAUUAAUGAAGCAAUAAUGGGCACUAUGCAGUUGGAGUAUAUUUUAGCCAGCAGUUUUACUUCCAUGUUUAACAGAGAGAUAGGCCUGAGGUUCUGACUUCUAGUCGGUGGUUUACCUGGCUUCAGAAGGGUGACAACAUGUGCCAUUAGUAUGUCUGGAGGCAUGGUGCCUUUGUGGAUAAUGUGGGUAAACGUUUUUUCUAGAUGGGGUGCGAGUGAGGGGGCGAAUUGUUUAUAAUACACGUUCGAUAGUCCAUCUGGACCUGGGGAUUUCCCAGAUGGGAGGGCUUGAAUUGUGUCUAGUAUUUCUUGUGUAGUGAUAGGAUUUUGUAUAGCUGCUGCCUGCGUGUCUGUCAGAGUAGGUAACGUUGUUAGUUGUAGGAAGUUUGCGAUUUCUUGGUUGGUCGGUUGGUGUAAAGCCCUAUCCUCCUUAAGUUUGUAGAGCGUAUAGUAGUAGGCUGCCAUUUCGUCAUUAAUAUCUUGGGGGUUAUGUAGUUUUGUGCCCGUGCCAGUGACAAGGUAGCGGAUUUAGCUUGAUUUUGGCGGAGCAUGUUAGCUAGAGUUUUCCCAGCCCUAUUACCUUGGGAGUAGGUUCUCUGUUUUUGUUUAGUUAGCGUGUGUGGUCUUGUUUAAGGAUAAUUCAUUGAUGCUGUCGGUUGUUUCUGCUAUAAUAAUUGUAUUGUGAAGUGGGUGCCCUGCAGGAGAGUGUCGUUGAGGCGCCAGGGUGGCUUGCCUCUGUGUUGGUAGUAGUCCCUUAGGGUUAUUGUUGUUGGGGCAUGAUCAGACUAGACUAUGUUGCCUAUGUUACAUUGGGAGAUGUUGGGAAGGGGCGUCCCUGACACUAGAAUGAGAUUGAUUCUGGAAUAAGUUUUGUGCACUGCCGAAUGAUAGGAAUAGUACCUAUCAGAGGGGUGCUGCGUUCUUCAGGCAUCGUACACCCCAUGCUCCAUGAGUAGUUUUGUGAGUGCUUUGCAGUCAGUGAGCUGUGGAAGAGGAUAGAGACCCCUCUAGAUUUGGAAGAGUGAGUUGCAUGGUAUUGUGCUAGGUAGUCUUUGAGACCAAACUUGGAAACCCUGGAUGUAACAAAGUGCAUCUCUUGUACGCACACUAUAUCUGCUGUGCUGCGUUUGGCAUCCUCCAUUAACAUAUGCCUUUUUUGAGGGGUGUUUAGACCUCUGGUUUUGUGAGAGUAUAUCUUCAUGGUCUGGAUGUAUGGUGUUGCGUAGAUUUUUGUCUAGUAUUGUUGAGGAUUGUGCGGUACCAGCUGUGAUCGGGGUUGGGACUUGUUGGAAAGGGGGGAGGUUUGUAGGAGAGGGUGAGAUCGGGUCAAAAGGUAUAGAUGAGGUUGACCUAGCUGGUCACAAAACUAAAUUAUUAGUUAUGUAUAGAGGACCUCUAGAGGUCGGGGUAUGAGGAUCAUACCAUGGUUCUUUUUUUUUUCUAGACAUCUGGCAUCUUCUGAUGGAGAAGACUGGAUGUGGCUUAUUUGUUGUGGCCCACUGGAUAAGUUGUGAAACUGUGUGAAAAUAGACAUAAUGAUACCAGGGCCAUGGCACUCCUGGAAGCAUAGCCACUACAGUGGACUGUGGUAUUUAUAGUGCUUUCAUUUCAAAUGGAGCUCUUAUAGUCAUAUUAUGUCAUUUUAUUGAUAUGUCUCACCUUCCGUGAUAAAGGUGGACUCCCAUGUAUGUAUACUUUCUGACAAAACAAAAGCAAUGUCAAACAGGCAGUGGAACUCCUGAAAGUGGGAAAAGAAAAUUAUGUUUUAUUUCUUAUUUUUACUUAUCUUACAAUAAAAGAUUCAGGAUUCUUACUAACACUAUAUACAUUUUGCAUGCUAACAAAGAUUUAGUCUCUGCUAUGCACUAUUUAUUACUAUAAAAAAAAGGAUAGAAUAUUAUAAAUGUAAAAAUAUUAUUGGCUGUUAUUUUUGUUAAAAAGGAGCCUAAUUAGGCAGAUCGCUCACAGAUCUCUCUAUGGAGAUUUUAGAAAAAAAAGUGAGUCUGGAGCGUUGUGAAUAAGUCAGUAAGAACAUUUCAUUAGUUUCCAAGGCGACAAGUGCACUUUCAGAACUUUGUCCCACUGUUACUUUUCAUAAAUAACCUACAGUUCUUUAUCAUAUAUUUGUCUUGAUUUUUCAUAAGUGAAUCACCUUCAUACUUCCCAUGUGACCAACCAUGUUCUUCCUACAUUGGUCUGCUAUGUGUGAUUACAAAGUAUGGAGAUAUAUAUUUAAUGAUAAUGAGACAGUGAACACAGCCUUUCUGUAUUUCUGACACUGUGAGAAGUUUGUGUCACAAAGUGAGCUCCCUUGUGGUACUUUUUAUAAUAGAAAUGUUUUCUAUAUUUUUACAAUCAAUAGACGGUAAACUGCAGUGGGAAGAAGAAGCAAAAGUCAACAGACUGAAAAGCAAUGAGGUAAAAAUUCCCCCAGGCAAUAAGCAAGUCACUAUUUUAUACAAUUAAGAUACAAAUUAACACAAUGUAUUGAACUUAAUGCGCUUUGUAUUUAACUUUUACAUUAGAAGGUGGCUUUGACGGUCCAUUCCUGUGAGCUAAGGAAAGGAGUCUCAGGUUACAGCAGGCACAAGGUUAUCAAAACUAGACAAAUAAACACUGGUGAAAUAUCACCAGACCUGAAAAAUCUUAAAGGGACACUAUAGUCACCAGAACUACAGCUUAAUUUUCAGAGAAAAGGAGAGUUUACAUUGCUCCCUAGGAACCCCUACAGUGGCAGUCACUCAAACGGCCACUAAAGGAGCUUCCUGGGUCAGUGCUCUGCAUGGAGGCACUGAACGUUCCUCAUAGAGAUACAUUGAUUUAAUGCAUCUCUAUGAGGAAAUGCUGAAUAUUGCAGCACAGAGUUUUGUCGUACGAUCGCAUUAGCCUCCCAUUGCUUUCCUAUGAUCCUUUGAUGAUCUCAGUCAAAGAGGCGUAGCAGGGGUGGGACCAGCCACGGUGAGACCCGUGCAAUGUUGGAAAAAAGGUCAGUUUUACACUAUUUUAAACCUAAUUGACAAUUGCAAAACUACAGAGUCAGAAAUAAUUGUUUGUACUUCUGACACUAUAGUGUUCCUUUCGUUUCUGCUGCAUCAUGCAGAUAAUAGGGUUUUUAAAUUGGCAUAAAUUGCAAGAAUUAAUGGGUUCUUUUUGCAUUUCAGAACAUUCUUCUAUUGUUCAGUUUAAAUGUGCCUCCGUCCACUGUACCCUAAUUUUCCUGCUCUUAGCGGACAGGACUGGAACUCAGUGUAGAGUUCUGUUGCUGUAACCUACUCACUUUUUUACAUGUUGUGCAUUCACAGAUGCUCUUCUAUAUAGUACUGCAGUAACACAUGGUUAUUGUGGUUAUUGUGUGGCCAAACAGCAAUGUUGUUGGACAAAGUACUAUUUGUGUUGGUAUUAUUAUUAUGAUUUAGUACUCUGGCCAUAGAUGAUGGGAAUGUGUACAUUAAGAUGUAUCAAAUAAAUAAUCAGACCCCGUACUGAGAACACCAAUACCUGAAGAUACAUGAAGAAAAAAACCAACACACAGUAUAUAUAAAUGGCCCAAAAGUAGGUAUACAGUUAAAUCAAUAACAACAAAGUGACAGUUACAUUUCAUGCAUUUACAUAUCAGUGUAGCAGUUGGAAAGAAUAGUGGAGGGCAAAUAAAAGAAUUUAUAACGUACGGUGCAUAUGUUGCUUAUAACGUAAGCUACAUAUACCGUAUACCAACUUUUGGGCCGGCUUGUAUAUAUACUCAUUAUGCAAAUAUGAAUUAUAUUGGUUGACAGAGGGAAUGAGAAAGGGAGCAUGAAAAAAGUCUGACAUAUCAUACCUGAGGACUUGUCUGUGACAUAAUUUAAGAAUAGAAUAAUUAGUUUUUUCAUACAUCCUCGGAUGUACGGUGAUUUUGUAGGUGUCUCACUUAAGGGUCCAACUAUUUACAUGAUAAAUUACGUAUGGAUGAGGAAACCUUGCUCCAAGCCUUCCUAGGACUAUGAACAUCUGGCUUUCUAAUGUAGGAGAAAUAUGGAUUCUGACAUGAAACCUUCUGUUUCACAGCUUCAUGUGAUUUGUGUAAACUUGGGAUGUAGAUUUACAAAGAUCUUACAUAAAUCUUUAGCUUCCCUGGACAGAUCUCAUAAUGUCCUUCACAAGCUUAACAUUCCCACCCACUUCAGUGUAUAAGGUGUACAGAAUGUGCCUUGGAAACUGUGUAAGAGAAUAUGAGAUCUUUACAAUGAAUUUAAAGAGAUUAUGCACAGUAUAUCACAGUAAGACAAAUAUAUUACAUUUAAUUGAGCAAGACCUUCAGAACUCCUUCGUGUCUGUCAGCAUAAUUUUUGUUUGUCAAUUAUUUGUUAGACAAACCUAAUGUAUAAUUGUAAAGUGCUGCAGAACAUGUUGGUGCUAAAAGAAUUCAUAAUAAUAAUAUUUAGACUGGACUGUCUCUUUAACAGAGUAAUGCAGUUCUUGUUCAAAAGAAGAAUUACUUAGGUUAUGAUAAUGUUUACUGCUUAGUACUGCCAUCUAGUGAUUAAAAUGUAAAUUAUUAAUUUUCCUAAUUUUAAGUGGUUAUGCAGCAGUCCAUUGAAUGUAAAAUUUAUACAAUUUAGUAGUAAAUCAUGGACAGUAUACUCGACGUAUACUUCUAUAGUAUACUUUGCAUUUCUAGAUCACCAAUAUUCCAAGUUCUAUAAAUAUCUCCACAAGAAGAGAAUCGUGUAAUCUCAAAGGCACUAAAUCCUGUCGAAUGGUGAAUACUCAGAAUUAAUUUGAGAAGCAGUGUUUAUACAUCACUUGAUUUGCAUAAUUAAAUCAGAAAUGUCAUAUCAAAAUUAAAUGAAAGGAACAGUCUGUUCACAUCAAGUCAGAGAUGGCUGCAUUUGAAAUGUUACACUCAGGGGAUGGAGGUAAACAUUAAGACAUAUGUUAAAGGGACACUCCAGACCCCUAAAGCUUGCUGAAAAGCUUUAUGUAUGAAGAGUGUGUCCUCUUUAUUUCAUUUUGAAAAAAAUGCAAACAGUUCCUGAUACUUCUUGGUUUGGUUAGCUCAGUGGAAAUAAAUUCAAGAGGCAGCAAUUGCUUAGAGCACCUGCCUUGCAAAGACUUCUCACUGAGCUGCAUUGGAAAGUCUGUGAUUGGACAGCCACAGAAAGUUUGAGCGGAGUUAGAAGGGGAAGGUUUGCAAAGGCAGCAGACAAAAAAACUGCAGCUUUUCCAAGCUGUUUUAAUGCAUAGUUAAAUGCAUGCAAGUUUUCAUUUGGGGUAUAUUACUAAACAGUUAUUUUUUAUUUAUUUUUUAUUUGAAUAGUGGAGUUUACCUUUAAUUGGAAGAUCGAUAAUUAAUAUUACAUGAAAGGAAGGGGCAUGCUUACACCUAACGCAAUGCAGCAAUCUGAAACUGAAAGAUAAUUUAACAUAAAACAAAAGGCCACGAUUUACAUUACAAUCAAUAGUGCUUUUAAAUUAACAUUUUAAAUUAAAUUUUAAUUGCUUGUUCUGAACGCCAUAGACAAAUGUAAGCAUACUGACCUUUGUUUCAAUUACUGUCCCUCUCCUCAGUCAAUGUUGUCUGUUCAAGUUCCUGAAUACUGUAAUAAGGAGAUAACGCGACCCCUGCAGGUGUAUUUCUAUAUUUCUAAUGGAAGGAGAAAGAGAAGCCCUAUGCAGAGUUUUCGAUAUCUGCCCAGUAAGUAUUUAUUCCAUUUAUUUAUUCCAUACGUAAUAAUAACUAGUACAGGGAUUGACAAAUUGCAGACUCCAGGUAGCCAUGGCAUCCCAGAAACUGGCUGUAUUUCGUGUGAAAUGUCACAAAACUCAAAAAACUGAAAACAAAUCUACCUCCAAUUAUUUUUAAAUUAUGGCUCAUUACCUUAAAGUUUGUCAAACCAUGGACUAGUAAUAAUGUAGACCUUUUUAUAUACAGGUACUUUUUAAUUUUGCUUAGUGGUAAUUGCAUUUUUUUAAUUCCCUAAGGAAGUGAGAAAAUUUGAAUGCUUUUAAAAACAGCAUAUAUAUAUAUAUAUAUAUAUAUAUAUAUAUAUAUAUUAGUAUACAGCAGUCUAUCAGCUUAAUCAUUUGAUCAUAUAAAUAUAAUUUAUUAAUAAAAUACCAAAGUAUUUCCUGGAGCAUAAGUAUUACAAAGUUUAUUUGGCAUAGUUACUUUGGAUUGUGAGAGCCCUGAUGGGAAGCUAACAAUCUAGAGACAUGACUAUCAUGGGAAGUGCCACUGAAUGUAUGGGUGGAAGUAUUCUUAUUAAACUCUUCUUGUGCGUAUUGAUAUUUUAAUCUGAAAGGAUUUCGCUGAGCACCAUAAACAUUUCAUUGUUUUGACACAGCACCCUUUUCAUGCCUGUCACUCUUUGUAGCGUGGUCGUACUGGACAUGGGUAGAGGAAUUCAUUAUCCUCUACUUGGGCCUUGAAGUAAGGAAGCUGCAACAAAUAUACGGGCAGUGGAGGCAGAGUUAUAUGCCACCAGCACGCGCUGCCUAGUUACAGCCACAUGCUGAGAGGGACACUAGACACCUUGGUCUGUCAUACCUGCAGAUUCUGCUCCUCUGCUUAUGUCCAGGGCCCAUAAGGGUUAGCGAUUUAAUCACUGAAUGCCUAUGUCCCUGUGAUUGUCUGUGACUGAGUGCAUGUUACAUACUGUAUGCGCAUGACUUUGUCAGUGGGUGUGAGUGUGGCCCAGAUUAAGAGCCCAGUGGGCCUGGUGCUGACAAUUAUGAUGGUGCCUAAUUACAGAAUCUUAUCGACCAAAAACAUAAACAGUCAUACCUCCUAAGCAUCAUGUAUCUGAUGGAUUUGGUGUUGGAGGGAAACUCAAAGGAUGCAGCUAUAGGAAAACACAUACUCUAUUCUAAUGUCUUUUUCUAAUUUAUACUUUCAUUUUUUUCAAGUAAAUCCAUACCCCCUAACAGCAGUGUCCAGUGAAGCAGGAAGUCAAUGGGCAGGGUAAAAGAGUGGGCCGCUGAUGCGAAUCACGUGACCAGAACUGCCGAAAGGGGCGAGCAUGGCCAAAAAGGGGGUAUGUCUGUCCAAAGAAUUGGAAGGCCAGCCUGGCAUCAGUGUCCCUUUGUAUCACAGUGUCAGUGUCCCCAUGUCGCCCAGUCCCCUGGUAUCCCAUUGUCUGUGUCCCCAUUUCUUCCAGUGUCCCCAUGUCUCAGUGUGUCCCUUGUCACUAGGAUACUAGGGCACACUGAGAGACCCGGGGACAAUGAGACACUGGGAGACAUGUGGAUACAGACAUGGGGACACUGGGAGAAAUGUGGUCACAGACACUAGGGAGACAGAGACAUGGGGACACAGACAUUUGGGGAAACUAAGACCCUAGGGACACUGAGAGACAUGGGAACAAAGACACUGAGAGACUAGGGGACACUGGUAGACAUGGGGACACUGAGGCACUAGGGACACUGGCUGGGAGGCAUGGGGACACAGACACUUGGAGACACUGGGAGACAUGGGGGCACUUGUGGACAUAGACAUGGGGACACUGGGAGACAUGGGGACACAGACACUAGUGACACUGGCUGGGAGACAUAGGGACACUGGGAUACAUGGGGACACUGAGACACUGGCUGGGAGACAUGGGGACACUGGGAGACAUGGGGACACUGGGAGACAAGGGGAUACUGGGAGCCAUGGGGAUACUGAGACACAAGGGACACUGGCUGGGAGACAUGGGGACACUGGGAGACAUGGAGACACUGUGUCCCUAGUGUCCCCAUGUUUCCCAGUGUCCCAUGUUUCCCAGUGUCCCCACGUCUCCCAGUGUCCCUAGUGACUUAGUGUCCCCAUGUCUCCCUGCUGCCUUCCCCCCCCUCCUUCACAUACCCGAGCUGUAGUCUGUCUCUGCAGGCUGGGAGCUGCUGUCUGGACUCUCUGUGCUGUGUAGCUGCUCCCCUGCGGAUCAAUGAUUAGAGAGAGGCAGGGAGGGAGAUGCUGUAACUUCCUAUCCCUGCCUCUCGCCAUACACAGUGACCCCUACUGGCCAGUUCUGGUAUUGCAGAGUAAUCUCCGUUUCUACUGAGAAAAAUAUUUGCAUUUGUAUUGCCGGUAUUACUGAAAUACCGGCACGGCCAGGCAGCCUCAAAUACUGGCUGUCCUUUAAAAUACCAGCUAGGUGGCAAGCCUAAGAGUAGUGUGUAAAACAAAACAAAAAAAGUAAAAAAAAAAAAAGUUACUUUUUUUUUUUUUUUUUUUUUUAAUGGGCCUAUUCCAUGGGCCUGGGCCUGGGCCUGGAGCUACAGCUCCAUCAGCUCCUAUGUUAAUCUGGCCCUGGCUGUAUGCAUGUGACCAUUAGCGUGUUACUGUGUGUGACUGUUUAUGAAAUAGUGUAUGUGUGUGACUGUGUGCACAGGACUGUGUGAGUCAGUGUGUAUGUAUAUGACUGUGUAUCUAGGUAAAUGUAUGUGUAAGUAAGUGCGUUUGUAUGAGUAUGUGAUUAUUUAGGAGAUUCACAAGAAAUAAUGUUGGUUAAGAGUCAAACAAAAUGGUGAAAUAGUCGAUUAGGAUAAACACACAAGAAGGGUCAGGAGACACACAAAGGGACAAAAGUUUUACAUUUUGGGAGGCAGGAGAGUGUGUGGUGUGGGGGGCAAAAUACAUAUCUGCCCCGGGUUCCAAGUGAUGAAGUGUUGUCACAGAAGGCAGGUCAGGCUGCUGAGAGGUAUGCAACAGAUGGUUUGUUUGUUUUUUGCUUUUAUUUUUUUAUUUUUUUACAGUGGCGGGCCAUGCCAAGAAGGGUUUCUCAAAUAAAAAAAACAGUGGUUUAUUAAAAUACUGGUUUUGGUUGGAGUAAACCUUUAGGAAAUGAAGGCUGUCUCUCCUGCUACCCCCUGCUCAUAGUGCCUAGACAAAGCCUAACAAGGCCAAAAUGAUCGUCUGGGAUUGCUGUAUCUGUCGCGCUUAGAGAGCCGGGCUGCAUUUCGGCAGUGGCGGCCCUAUUGAGUGGGAUGAGUCUGAUAUGAAAAUGGUCUAGGUUCUCUUUGUAAUGGUUAGUUCUGGUAUACUUAAUGUAUUACACAGGAGUGAGGGAGUAGGACUUGCACUAGGCCGCUCAAAACUGGAAAUAAAUAGGGAUUCACUAAAACCUAUAAAAGAGAUAGUUUGGGAGGACACUAAUCACGUAUACAAAUACCAGGAGCUGGCCUAAGAUAUGGCUAGAAUGUGUGGAGAUAUAAAUGGAAUGGCAAUAUCUGCGUGAGAGAAUAUGUAAAUAUGGGUACUGUGCCUUUAAGGAAAAAACGAAAAUUCAAAUAAAAGUGUAAAAACAAGAUAAAUGUAUGAAGGAAGAAAAUAGAACCAGAUAAAGUGAAUUGGAGAUCGGCAAACAGCAAAUAAAUAGCGAAUAAAUAGCGAAUAAAUAAAUGAAUAUAUGUCAUAUGCAAUAUGUGCGGUGCAAGUGCCUCUAUUUCUGCUAUAAUACAGAGUGGCUGGCACUUACUCCAAAUUAUAUACUUUGUAUCAUGCAAAGAUAAAAAUACAAAUGAAAAAAUCUAAAUAAAGUAGAAUGAUGAGAUAUUGUAGCAAUACAGUAUAUGGAACUGUAUGCUAAAAUGUUAUACAGUGUAUCACAAAAUGAUUAAAAGCAAUGGUUCAGAAACUGGAUAUAGGUAAAAAGCCAGUUUAUUAGACAAAAAAUGAUAAAAAAAAGUAUUUAUAUCAAAAAAAUAUAUAUCAGGAAAAGUUCAUACAGUUGUUACCAGUCAUAUAGAAGUCAGAAGUAUGCAGAGACCUUCGGAUUAUGCUCGGAUGGAUAUGGAUUGUGUUCCUAAGUUGCCGCUUGUGUUGUAACCGCCGGUGAGGACAGCGUGUUUUUCAGCGUGCGUCCCAACAGAAGCCUCACUCCGGAGAGACGUGCACUGUAGACGGCUCCGAUAAGUGAGCACAUCAACAGGUCCUGGAAGAAUACUGCCUUCUAUUGAUGGGUGUAUGCUGGAUCUGUGUCCUGAUGGAUAUGUCAAAUUGUCUUACGCGUUUCGUAGGUGAAUCCCUACUUCUUCAGAGACGGAUGGAGAACCAUUGCUUCAAUAUUUCUUUAUAUACACAUUCAACUAAUUGGUUUAAAAAACUGUCUUUACAUACAAUAAACCAAUUUGUAUGAUAUAAAGUCUUAUAAACAUAUACAAGUAGUACAAUGACGUUAUAUAUAGAUAGCAUAUGUAAAAAAUAAAAUAAAAAAUAGAUGAAUAAUUACAAAAAUUAAUUAUGAAAGAUACAUAAAAGGAAACUAUAUGUACAGAGUUAAUAGCCACAACCAACAAUCUAUGUUUAUCAGUUCAUAUAACGACAUUAAGUAAAAAUAAAAUAAAAAAUAUAAAAUUCAUUGAAAUGAUGUAUGAUAAAAUUUAUAAUAAAAUUUUAUUUAAUAAAUUUGUAAUCAAGGAAAGAAGAAGAAUUAUUAAAAGUGAUUAUGUGCAAACUAAGUGCUGUGUUUUUAUAAUACAAUCCAAGUUAAUUAAUAAAACGGUAAAUGUUUGUAUAAUGUGUCGGAUAAAGCAACUAGUUCGCUUAGAAGGAAUACUUGGUCUCGUUAUCGGCCAAAACAAUAUAAACCAAGAGAGCACGGAAAAAUUAUAAUUAUGAUGGUAUAGCCAAUCCUAUAAUAGAGAAGUUAAAAAUAUGUUUAUAAAUAUAUUUAUAAAUGCAUUUAAAUUAGAAUGAAUCAGUGUUUCUAAUAUAUACAUGGGGUCUUUCAAUCAGAAAUCUUUAUAGGUGUAAGUAGUGUAAAGGUAACAGAUUAUUUUAACAUGUUCCUAAACUAUAAUGCCCAAAAUGGGCAUGGACACUUACAUAACGGACCCUAAUAGAUGACAGAAAUUAUAGAAAUUACAAAAAUAAAAUAAAAUUAGAUGAAAUGUAAUAAAAUAGAUUGUACUGCUAAAUAUAAUACAUCAUAAUGGAUACAGUAUAUGACAAUAUGUAUAUCGAGAGAUCCACAUUCCAUUCUGAAAGAGAACGCACAUGUUAGUGUUUUAAAAUUCAGUAAAUGUUUGCAAGAAAUAUGAAUAAAUGAAAUAUAGAAUAUAAAUAUAUAUAUAUUUAUAUAUAUGAAUACACAUACAUACACAUAUACACAUACAAAUACGUAGAAAUGUAAACGAAAAUCCAUACAUAUAUAGUAUAUAAAACUGUAAUAUGUACAUGUAAGGGAUAGAUAGCCAAAAGUGUGAUACAAGUAUAAAUUCUACUAUUCACAUGGGAAAAAUCCCAAAAAUGGAAAAAGGAAGAAGGAGGGACAAAGGAUUAACCCUAUAUAUGGGGAAAUGUAAAGAAGAAAUAUUAAAUAAUAAGUGAUGGUGGAUACCAAGUGGUUUAAACACUAAUGAUGCAUGACCCUAUAGGUAGUGUUACACUACCAAUAUAUAGGAAAAUAUACAGCAUUAUACAAACAUUAUAUAAAUAACACAUUAUACACACAUUUACCGUUUUAUUAAUUAACUCGGAUUAUAUUAUAAAAACACAGCACUUAGUUUGCACAUAAUCACUUUUAAUAAUUCUUCUUCUUUCCUUAAUUACAAAUUUAUUACAUUUUAUUAUAAAUUUUAUCAUACAUCAUUUCAAUGAAUUUUAUAGUUUUUAUUUUAUUUUUACUAAAUGUUGUUAUAUGAACUGAUAAACAUGGAUUGUUGGUUGUGGCUAUUUACUCUGUACAUAUAGUUUCCCUUUAUGUAUCUUUCAUAAUUAUUUUUUGUAAUUAUUCAUCUAUUUUUUAUUUUAUUUUUUACAUAUGCUAUCUAUAUAUAACGUCAUUGUACUACUUGUAUAUGGUUAUAAGACUUUAUAUCAUACAAAUUGGUUUAUUGUAUGUAAAGACAGUUUUUUAAACCAAUUAGUUGAAUGUGUAUAUAAAGAAAUAUUAAAGCAAUGGUUCUCCCUCCGUCUCUGAAGAAGUAGGGGUUCACCUACAAAACGCGUAAGACAAUUGGACAUAUCCAUCAGGACACAGAUCCAGCAUACACCCAUCAAUAGAAGGCAGUAUUCUUCCAGGACCUGUUGAUGUGCUCACUUAUCGGAGCCGUCUACAGUGCACGUCUCUCCGGAGUGAGGCUUCUGUUGGGACGCACGCUGAAAAACACGCUGUCCUCACCGGCGGUUACAACACAAGCGGCAAUUUAGGAACACAAUCCAUAUCCAUCCGAGCAUAAUCCGAAGGUCUCUGCAUACUUCUGACUUCUAUAUGACUGGUAACAACUGUAUGAACUUUUCCUGAUAUAUAUUUUUUUGAUAUAAAUACUUUUUUUUAUCAUUUUUUGUCUAAUAAACUGGCUUUUUACCUAUAUCCAGUUUCUGAACCAUUGCUUUUAAUCAUUUUGUGAUACACUGUAUAACAUUUUAGCAUACAGUUCCAUAUACUGUAUUGCUACAAUAUCUCAUCAUUCUACUUUAUUUAGAUUUUUUCAUUUGUAUUUUUAUCUUUGCAUGAUACAAAGUAUAUAAUUUGGAGUAAGUGCCAGCCACUCUGUAUUAUAGCAGAAAUAGAGGCACUUGCACCGCACAUAUUGCAUAUGACAUAUAUUCAUUUAUUUAUUUGCUAUUUAUUCGCUAUUUAUUUGCUGUUUGCCGAUCUCCAAUUCACUUUAUCUGGUUCUAUUUUCUUCCUUCAUACAUUUAUCUUGUUUUUACACUUUUAUUUGAAUUUUCGUUUUUUCCUUAAAGGCACAGUACCCAUAUUUACAUAUUCUCGGACGCAGAUAUUGCCAUUCCAUUUAUAUCUCCACACAUUCUAGCCAUAUAUUAGGCCAGCUCCUGGUAUUUGUACACAUGAUUAGUGUCCUCCCAAACUAUCUCUUUGUAAUGGCACUAGAUGAGCUAAAUCCAGCUUGAGAUCUGAGCAGGGACCCACCGAAGGACAAGCUACUUGAGCCGUUGUCCGUGCUUCGUAUGAAAUGUGGUGCCCUGUAGUGUUCUGCAUUUAUUUAGAGCAGGAUGGAUAAAGAUUAAGUAAGUAGGUGCAAAGGGAGUACAUGGUUAUUCAGGAAGAUAUUUCCACUUGCACAGAACAGACCUUAACUGUACUCUUUAUAGUGUUUAUCAUUAUGUCUGGUGUGCAGCACACUCAGCAAUGUAACACAUCUGUAGAUUUGGUCUCCAUUAAAAACACACUGUUACAUUGAAUAUGACUGGAUGUUUGUAGACAUAUAGUACAGACCUCAGACAGACCCACACUUCCGUGAUCUGCUUUUAUCAUAAGCGUAUGGAGAGAAGUGAUAACAUAUAGAUGUAUUGGGCCUUUGAUACAGUUCAGCACAACUGGAAUUAGUCUUUUUAAUGAAAAAAAAAUGUGUUCUUGCACAUUGACUUAAACAUAGACUGCAUUUAGUAGUUGCAAAUGGAAAUGUUUCAAUUUGGUCUAAACAAGUAAGUUGAGUGCCUCAGAGUUCUGUCCUUAGUCCACUUCUCUUUAAUAUUUUUAUAAAUGAUCUUGAAGUAGUCAUUGAAAGUCAUGUGUUGGUAUUUGCAGAUGACACAAAACAUGGUAAGAUAAUACAGUCUGAACAUGAUACAACUUCUCUACAGAGGGAUUUGGAUGUCUGCUUAGGGAAGAGGACAGGUUCUUUACAGAAAAAAAAAAAAAAAAACAAUAAAGAUGUGGAAUUCUCUACCAAAAUACAUUUUCUUAUCAGAAUAAAAAAGAGCUGGAUGUUUUUUUUGCUUGGAUGGUUUUGCAAAAACAGUAUAUUUAGGGGUAUAAUUAAUAUGUUGUUGAUCCAAGGAGAAAUCUGAUUGUCAUUAUAAAGGGAUGUUUUCCUUUUUUGUGUCAUAAUUGGAAAUCGCUACAAUUUGGCUUUUCUUUUGCCUUCUUUUGGAUCAAUGGCCUGUAAAGGUUAAAGUUGAUGGACUUGAGUAUUUUUUCCUUACUUGCUAUAUAACUAUGUAAAAAGAAUCAAAGAAAAAACAUAAUUGCUGCAAUUAUUUUCUAACAUUGCUUUAACCAUUUUCUUUCAUUUUCUUAUUAUCAGCUGAUGUAUUGUUUUUUUCUCUCUCUCUUUCUUUCCAGUCAUAUUUAAAGAGGAACCUGUCCCAGAGUCUGGCUUGCAAACAUAUCCUUCUGUCUCUCUUCCUCCUCCAUGCCAUAUUCCUUUAGAGGUGGGACAGAUGGAACUAGGCACUUCCUAUGUACCACCUUUACAAACAAACUUGUGUGACACUCCCAUGGAGGUGUCACCAUAUUACGCCACUCAACACCCAGAACGAGGAUACCCAGGUGGCCAUGAUUGCACUGUGGGCAGUAAUUCCUUCUUGGGCUGCUACUUUAAUCCUCCAGUACCUCCUGAGUUUAAAUGCCCUCCAUCUUAUGCUGAAAAUGGAAGUGAUGUCUCACUUUCUUUGCCCUUUUUAUCUAACACCAAUUCUCAACUUCCUCCCAGCCCGGUUCCCUGGUCCCCACAGCCAUGCUCAUCCCAAUCUACAAGUCCCUCACCGUUUAGUGGUCCUUUACUGCCCCAUUUAACAUCACCCAACAAAAUGGAGGAAAUAACAACAGGAUCUCAUCAACAUUAUCUAUCUUCUCCGAUGCUGUCCAGUUUAGAAUUUGAUCCUAGCACUAACCAUUUUCAGCCAGGUUAUCAACUUUUCCCAGCCUGUGCCCCUCCAUCAUACACUACAUUAAAUAAUGGAGACAGAUCAGAUCCAACACAACAUGAACACACAUCCUCAUCAGAUGUAAUCAGGUCAGAGUGUUCUUCCAACCAACAGUUUUCAACUAACUCUUUAAUAAACCAUGAAGCCCAUCCCAUGAACUCAAAAGCUGAAGAAGAAAUUAAAGCAGUUGGUCAUUCAAGAUUCCCUACAGCUAAUUCCACAUUACCUGUUUCUAAAGAAGAUGGAGUUUCCCAAACAUUUCCUACUUACCAAAGCCUUUCUUCUUGUAGUUCCGCUGCACUAACAUCUUUCUGUAAUUCCACACACCCUUCUGCCUUCUCCACACCCCCAUCUCCAGUCUCAAGUGUCACUAGUCAUAACUUAGAGCGGCCCUCAGAUGUCACCCAUGGUCUGUCACAAAACCAAAAUGAAGAGUCCUGUUACCAAUCCCCUGGUGGGGAAUACUGCAAGACUGCAGACAGUGUGAGAAGAGAUACAGUUAAAGAUGAUGGUCAACAGUUUGCAAGCCCAUUUCACCCUAUUCCAAUCCAGGGGAUCACACUAGAAGAAGGUAAAUUAUGAAUGUGGAUACAAUUCCUCAAAAUGUUUUAAUAAAAGAUAUUUGAUUUUAGAGUUGUAGAGUUUAGGGAUAGAUUAGUAGUGUUGUGGAUGUCAAAUGUGUUGGUGACACUCUAUCAUGGUGUGAUUGUUAUACGAUUGAACAUUUACAUUGUGCAGCAAAUGUUUUCUUUCUGAGUGGCACAGUGAGAUGCAUGUGCAUGAAUCAAUCCCAGAAUGCCUAGGAUGUGGCUGUGACCUUUACUUUGUGCCAAUUCUGCUAGGAAUUGUGGGCAGACUCAUUGCAUAUGGAUAUUUGCUGCAAACCUCAGUUUACAAUAAAAUGCAAUCAAUACAUUCCUUAGCUGCAAAUAAUCAUUAGGCUAGAUUGGAUCAUUUCUAAGAUGGUAACAUGUCAGUUUUCAGUGAAAGGCAGAAAUUAAUCAUUUGAAGACUGAUAAAAUGAAUGAGAAAAAAUAUAAAAGGUGAUAAAUACAACAAAAAAAACUUGCAAAAUUAGAUAAUCCACAGCACAGCAUGCUUCUGGGUGAAGCAUGCAGGAUCCGUCUCUCCAGAGAAACUGAAAAUCUGGAUUGUCCAAUUUCCUCCAUAUGGAAGAAUAAAACGCCUCUGUCCAAAGAUAAGGAUAAAUAAAUUACCUGUAUUUAUCCUUAUCCUUGGAUUGAGUAGUUUUUCUUCAAUAUGUAGGGGAUCUGUAAACCAGUUUCUCAUUAAAAAUUGGCGAGCCUUUAGUCAGUCACCAUUAAAGGGUUUAUUCGUCAAACUCCAUAUUGGGGGGAAUUUCAAUUCAAAUGGUGAAAUCCAUGCUAAAUAACUCAAGAUGUGACUGUGGCUGAGUUUGAGAUGUGUACAUCAGCUCUUUUAGCCUGCAUUUUGCAAUUUAGAAUAUAACUUGCUAAAAUUUUGAGUUUAUUGAAAAACCAUGCCUAUGUGUAAGCAAACCUCGCUUUUGUCAAGGCUUGAAAAAGAACCAUACGUGUCGAAACAGUUGCCAUUUAAUGGUGGCUGAAUAAAGACUUACUAAAUUCAUUUAAGGUGUCAUAAUUACGGAGUACUGUUUGUGGGUGUUGGAGGUACUUCUCUGCACUGUUAAAGAAAUACUCCAAGCACUAUAACCAUUAUAGACUGAUGUAGUAUUAAAGGAUCACUAUAGGGUCAGGAACACAAACAUGUAUUCCUUACCCUAUAGUGUUAAAACCACCAUCUAGCCCCCCUCUAGCAUGUAACUCUGCAUGCUGUUUGCCUAAAAAAAAAACAGGCAGUCUGCUGACAUCAUCAGAAGUGGUAGCCUGAUCCAAUCGCAAUGCUCCCCCAUAGGAUUGGCUGAGACUGACAAAGAGGCAGAUCAGGGGCAGAGCCAGCAUGAUUCAAACACAGCCCUGGCCAAUCAGCAUCUCCUCAUAGAGAUGAAUUGAAUCAAUGAAUCUCUAUGAGGAAAGUUCAGUGUCUGCAUGCAGAGGAGGAGACACUGAAUGUUUGGAUGCAUUUUAGGCAGCCAUGACCCAGGAAGGAUCUCUAACAGCCAUCUGAGGAGUGGCCAGUGAAGUUAUCACUAGGCUGUAAUGUAAACACUGCAUUUUCUCUGAAAAGACAGUGUUUACAGCAAAAGCCUGAAGGUAAUGAUUCUACUCACCAGAACAAAUUCAAUAAGCUGUAGUUGUUCUGGUGACUAUAGUGUCCCUUUAAUGUUGUGAGGAGUGCCCAGGUGCCUUCUCAGGGUAAAUUGUCAAACCAUUUAGAAAAGUUAAACAACUUACUUGGGGUCCACCAGGUGCUUGUCACUGAUUCCUCUGUCAGGCUGUAGUACUUGGAGUGUUCCUUUAAGGUGCAUGGAAAGUUAAAAAAAACACAACAAAUUAACAACAUUGGAACAGUUUUCAUUACAGACUGUGUACCCUUUUAAGAGGUUAUCGUGUAGAAGGUGAAUUACGAUGUAAAAAUAUAAUUAACAGUUUGAGCAGUGGAGCAAAGAAUAACACAUUGAUCUAGUACUCAUAUGAUUAAAAUUAUGCUGUUUUGUAGCACAGCUUUUCAGCAGAUAUAUCUAAAAAGGCUUGAAUAAAUUAAAUUACAGCUACAUAUGAUACAUAGUGAACUUGGCUAUCAAAUCGAUAUCAGAUGAUUAUAAAAACUGUUUGUUUUUUUCUCCCUCUUACAGUAAGUGAAUUUAUAGGUCAAGACCUUAGCAGAUUUCCCGACCCACAACCGAAAGAUUAAAUCUUGGUACAAGAACAAUUUCCAUAUUCCUGGUUGACUCCAUGAAUGGACUUAUAAACGAACCACAUAUCAACAAUUGGCAGAUGUUUCCAGAACUUGCAGAUCUAGGUUUUCAUGUACCUCAAAAUAUGACAAAAUGUUCAAAACAGUGCUCCUAACAGAAAGAGAAGAUUUAUGUGUGCAAACAGAUGGUUUAUGUAAACAUCACAACAUUCACAAAGCAGCAACCAAGGCAUGAAAUGUAUCUGCAGACAAAGAUCUCUCUGUCAUAUAGCCAUAUAGUGCCUACAAAGAAAUCACUCUCCAAUGCUUUUUAUACUUGUGUCUGGCUUUAAUGAUUCCAGGCAUUAAGCAACAUAUAAUGAACAUGGCACACUUCAUACUGUCCGAAGAAUAAGAUUCAGGAAAAUGGGUAACAAUAUUUUCAGAAAGCUUCUUUUAGAAAAACAAGUUCCUCAGUUUGAAAGUUAGGCUCUGCAAGUAUUUGGGACAUCAGACACAUUCCAAGUACAUGAAGCUGGAGUUUACAGUGCAGUCCUGCUUUGUAUGAACCCUGUAGGGUCCUGUAUUUUUCCUACAUUAGGUUUGGCCUACAGGUAGAUCCCCACCUGAUGCUGACAAAGGAUCAUGGGAGAUGUUGUGUUACAAUAUGUGAGGAUCUACCUUUGCCCAUCACUCCCUCACCCCUUUGUGGUGGAAGGCCUCAGGUACACCCUGUUACUGCCACUCACAGCAGUUUGUCACCAGUGUGCUAUUGUAUCCAGUGGAGCACUAAAUUAUGGAAUAUUGCAGACGUAACACUUUCCCCAUGAGAAGGGAUUUAUGUAUAUUUAUAUGUGUAUUUGUAUUAUUUUUAUAUAUGCGUACAAUUGUAUGUUUGUAUUUUGCAUUCAAACAAUCAAUUAAAAGAUUUUAAAAGUCUGCUGCAUGGGUUUGAUGUUGUUUCGUGUAUUUGAUAAAUUAACAGACAAUGUCGAACUCUAAGAUGCAAAUAGAUGCAUUAGAGUGAUGAAGAGAUUAUAUGAACAAUGCAACCAAAAAACAUGUAUGUUAACUAAGAAAAUUUAGCAACAGUAAUACACAGGGGUUAGCCAAUAGACACUUAAAG